GGUGAUCCGGCACUGAGCAGCUGUGCAGCCUCGGUAUCGCUCACCAUCAGACAACGGGAUUCACCGGCGCCGAACACACAUCCAGCUCCUCCGCUGACAAAAGCGUCAAACAGCUCGGAGAAAGGCUGCCUUCAGGAGCGCUGUGUCACUGAAACGACAUGGGGGAACGAGUGGCUUUACUGCUGCUGGCCUUAGCGGCUUCGGCUCUGGCUGCCGAGGUAAGAAAAUCUGUUUUUUUUCCAGCGAGAAUGUGAAGUGUUUUCCACCAUAUUUAGGCUGUCUGCUUGGGUAAAGUAGCGUCAGUGAGUGACCGUCACACCGGAAGCUGUGCGCUAAUACCUUCAAAAUUAAAGCUUUGGAUUCAACUGCAAGAGACGCAAAGAAGGACUAGAAACCACAUUUUCUUAUUCAUAGUAAAUAUUUUGGCUAAAUACCGCAUCUGAAGACUUAUUAGUGAUCUUUUCGCAGUAAAGAGAGAUUAGCUGCAGUUUACGGUAUAGUCUGUCGACCGUUUAGAACUGACGCAGAUUAAAUUUUCUCAAUAAAUAUUUUCCAUUAAAGUGAUAGCUUCUAUUUUAGUUUGAUCGUAAGCAAUUAUAAACUAUUUUACUUGAGCUUAAAUUCGUUUAUUUUAACGAAAUAAUGCGGUCAUUUCAUCCACCGUUAUAUCUUGAAGGUUUCAACCGGAAUUUCUACGUAAAACUGCCGGUGUCUUUACGCCGAGUGUGAAUCCUUGGAUAUGGACAAACUGGAGAGCAGUCGCUGUUUAGCUCUAAAAAAUACACAUAAAAGCUGAAAUAUUUAAUUAUUUUCCGUUAUCGUCCGUUUUAUCAGCGCCCCGGUUGUCACGAAAUCCACAGGAAAGGGUGUUUAUGUCAAAGGGUGUACAGCUCCGAUGCUUCGUGCUGCCCUUUUCUCAUGCAGACUCCCCCUUUAACCUGUAAUGACUGAUUUAUUCGUAUUAUUUGACAACAAAAAGCCUACCAAACACCUUUAAUCUGUAUUUUAUUUUUACUCAUACAAUAUACAAUGUCCUUCUCAAGCUUAAAGAAGUAGCCUCACCCUGAUUUAAAAUGUAACGAACAAUAUGACAACAGAUUAUUCACCCUAAAUACUGAUACAAAUGGCAAUGGGCGUUACUAUUUAAAAGGCACAUUAUCUGUUAUCAGGCCGAUUAAAAUUUGCUUAACUUACUUUACUCAAAGGAAAAACGUAUUGUCUUAUUUUCCAUAUCCCGAGGGCUAUAUGAGGGAGUGGGCGUGUUUUGGGAAUUAAAAUGAGUAAAUAAGACAUCUUCUUGCCUCAUUAUGAUGACUUGACGCCAGAGUUAUGAUAUAAAGCGGGGUAAAUGAGCAUGUGACAGUGACAUUAUCAUUAAAAUAUUAACAGUCAUGACGGUUUCAGAGACAUUUGAGUCAGAGGGGAGAGCAGAGAGGAGGAUAGAGAAGUAAGAUGGCGGCGGUGCACUGCAGCAUUUAUACAGAGGGUCGGGAAACUGGGAAACCAACAGGAGCUUGGACCAGCAUUGUUGCCUUAACAGCCCUUUUGUUUGUCGUCGUAUGGUUUCGUGAGAGAAUAUUAACCACUGAGGAGUAAAAAUAUUCUUAGGUAAUGACUUAACAAUGGACGUGGUGUCACGAAACCGCUGCCUGUCCAUUUUUUUAAAGCGUCUUUGCCAAAAAUAUCCCAUUGUGAACAUGCACUGUAAAAACAUAUCUGUUUCCUAACGCUUGGUGUUGUGUUAAUGUGUCACUUAGAUGUAUGAAAUAACAUUUGAUAAUCAAACACAGCCACUUAGAGCACACACUGAUUGUUACAAUGCCAUUUCAUCAUAAGGAGAACUGAAAAUUGGUUUGGUUUUAGUUCCUCUUUUUGGUGCCAUCUUGAGAAGGCCUGUCUACUUUUAACACAAUUGUAAUUCUGAUGAAAUAUGGGGAUUUUCCACAUAUCUAACUGUGUGAUUUUAACAUUAAUAAUGCCAUUUAUCGUAAAGGACCUAGCAGUGAAGCACAGAAGCUCUCAGGAGACAUGUUCCCAUACAUUUAAAUUUUGCCCGCUCACUUUAUUCAUGACAGUUAAUUUCUGGUUGUUUUCUUAAGACCCGGACUUGUUUUCUUGUCAUUCUGAAGUAUAGUGCUAAGCAUGAUGAGUUUAUUCUGAUUUCUCUCAUUAUUUCAGAAUGAUGUUGAUUUAUCUGUUGUAUCAGAUGAAUUUGCCACAUAAUCUUGAGAUAUUUACGUUUGUUUCCUCAUGAUGGCUUAAUCGUUUUUUAAGGAACCAGGAACUAAAACAAAAGGUUGGUAACUUUAGAGCCAUUGUCAAAACUAUUCAGCAAAGUGAGGUCUAUGUUGAUUUUUAUUUUGUAUUUAUUCAUUUAUUAUUAUUAUUUGCUAUCACAACUCUGGAUAAAAGAUUUUAAUCUUGUAGUUUUAAGGUCUCAGGAAAACAGCCGGUAACUUUUCCGAUGUGUAAGCUACCAAUACCACUGGCUCUUUUGCAUGUCCAUACAAUCAGGAAUGCUGGGUUUUAAAUGGUGGGCCAAUGAUAAGCUGGGUGGUCCCUUUUCUCUUUAGGGAGGAGAUUGCAGUGUCCAUGAGUUCCAGAAAGAAUGUUAUGAUUCAUCAGACCACAGGACACUUUUCUACUUUACGUCAGUCCAUCUUAAAUCAGCUUUAGAGCGGAGGUGUGUAUGGCUUCGAAGAAGAAUGUUACAUUUUGAUUUGUCAGACCACAGGACGGUUUCCACCUCUGAGCAGUCCAUCUUUAAAAGGCUUUGGAGCAGAGGAGUCACCAGCAUUUUGGUUUCCUCUUUCUUUGGUUUAGUUUUAACCUAUAUUUGUGAAUGCAGCAAGGACUACAGAGUUGUGUCUGCUUGCAACCACUCAGUCCUGUCAUUUGAAUCUCUCCCUUUUGUCUACCCUUUCUGAAUGAUUUGUAUUUAUGUACUUCAGGUGAUUUAAAGAACUGAAAUUAGGUCAAUUUUACAGGAAAACAAGGCAAUGUGUGGAUGCAUGUCCGCUUAGGGCUUCCAUAAUGUGGUUUCGCUGUGAGGUAAAUUACUCAUCCCUAACCACCAGUAGCCACAUUGUUUCAAACAGGACCUGCAGUUGUGGUUGUGGAGCAGCUGCAGUUCAAUAUUGUCUCAGGGAUCUCUUGUAACAAUUACAGCUUGAAUACAUGAUAAAUAUGUUACUCUUAAAAGGUCAAUAGCGCCAAAGAAUGGCUAUUAUUCUCCGUUAAGGCCUCUUGUUCUUUCUGUCUCUGGUCAGCUUUUGUUUUUUGUCUCUCCUUCAGUUGAAUCAGGUGGUCCGUGGCGGCUGACCUUGUUGUUUCCUGCACGUAGGCUGUAAUCAGCGCACUUGAAAUGAAUAGUUUGGGCCCCUCAGCAAGUAAAUCUUUGACUUUCUUCAUAAUCCACUGCUUAGGUUACUUAAAACAAUCUUUACCCUUGGAGUCUGGUGUUUACAUUAUGAGCUUCAAAGGCAGAGGAGAUGAAAUACCAUAGAAGAAGUUGUUUAAAAUUCCAGCACUAAAACAAGCCAGAUUAAAUCGGACUUGAAAAUGAGUUGUUGGAACUUUUUGAUCUUGUUGAGGCGUAUUUAUAGCCUUCACACACUCUUCUAAACACACAGAUCUAGAAGCUGCUCUUUCUGACCAGCCUACAGUGUGGAGCGUGGGAGUUGGAUGCCAGCCUUUGUGUGUUUGUAAAUCCUUGGGAAAUGGCUCUUGGAUGGAUGCAGGCGGUCUGUUUGUGUGCAUACUGCAGUCUUUCAGCUCGGGGCGGACCAGCCCUCUCCCCUUAUUAGUGAGUUUAUGCCAUAAUGCCUGUUGGCAUUGCCAGUGUUUCUCUCUGGCACCAUCUCUGCUGCUCACUCCGCAGUUUCAAGUCUUUGAAGGCAAAUCCACCCGACACUUCAAUCUUUCCUUUUUCUAAUUUUACUUUUUUAUUGUAGCUUUUUCUGCCUGCAUCUGCUGUAAACUUCAGUUUGUAAUUUGCAUUUUCUAGGGCCUCUUGACAGCCACUAAAGAGAGAGAGUGUGAACUUUGAGCUUAUCCCAGUGCUUCUAGUGUACUUAUAGGAAGACAAACAACAUGAUGAACUUUGAAUCAAUAUACAACAUGUUUGAUGACUGGGCCAACCUACCAGCCUCAAUUUCUCAAUCUUGGGAAUCAUUUCUUGUCUGUUGCGCUGAUUGAGGCUGAAAGGCAGAGUAUUGUUUAUGAAUAAUUUAAGUCAUUUUGUCAAGAAAAAGAUCUAAAAAAAAUCUCUCUGCUUCCUGCCAUCCAACUAGAGAUGCACGAUAUGGAUUUAUUGGAGCCAUUAACAGCUACUGCAGCUUCAUAUUUUCUCUACAUCUUUGUAGCAGUGACACAUUUACAGGUGACUCAGCGGCUAAUGUUCUGCAAGUUGCAUUAAGUUAUUCUACACUGAAACAGUCAUCACCAUUUUUACUCAUUUGUCAGCUUGUUGCAGCAGGGGUUGUUCUUCCUCUUUGUAUCUAAUGGCCUUGAGUGUGUUAAAAAAUAGAUGUAAUAUAAAGUUGUACACCAUGAAAGUAAGAGCGAAGUUGUCAAAGGAAGUUUCUUAUUCGGUCAGUGGUUCUCAAGUCCAGUCCUCGAGCUCCCCCGUCCUGCAUGUUUUGGAUGUUUCCCUGCUCCAACACACCUGAUUCAAAUGAUCAGCUCGUUAUCAAGCUCUGUAAUGGCUUACUAACGGGCUGAUCAUUUGAAUCAGGUGUGUUGGAGCAGGGAAACAUCCAAAACAUGCAGGAUUGGGGGGACUCGAGGACUGGACUUGAGAACCACUGUAUUAGUGUAAUGUGAAAUUAACACAGUUUACAGCAGUGGUUCUCAGCUGGUCUCACACUGGGUCCCACAUGGGCAAAUUAAUUUUUUAUAUUAAAAAAAAACCUUUAAAGACCUUAAUCUUUAACAUAAAUCCACCUGUUUUAUUGAGUAAAGUGCAUUUCAGAGCACAACAUGAGGACGACAACUACUGAAGUUGCUUCUACAGAAAAUAUCGAAUAUCUAUUAAAUGUCGCAUUAACUAUUUACUUUUUUGACCAACGGUUCGUGACCCAUCCAGAAAGUGUCCACGACCCACUUUUGGGCUGGGACCCACCAGUUGAGAACCACUGGUUUACAGUGUUAAAAUAUCACUAUUUCAUUUAGCUUUUAUGCCAGGGUCCAAAGCAACACAUCUUAGACUGAGCACAACACAAGCAGAAGGGAACAACAUGAGUAACCUGAGCCACAAGCUGCCGCAGGUGCAAUUAUACAUGCUGUCACGCUGAGCUAUAACCUGUCAGAUUCUUGAUGUUUAAAUAAAUUCUUUCUUGGGACAAAGCAGUAUGAAUGAAACAACAGAAAAAAAAUCACAGCUCAUUUUUUUAAACGUAUAAGAGCAGUUCUUUUCUGUGUUCAACAACAGUGCCCCCUAAAAAUAGAGGUAGCUUUUAUUGGCUGUUUUUAUUGGAUAAAACUACACUCUUGGAGCAAUAAAUACUAACACAGUAUGUCCCUUAUGGGGCCAAUAACCUAACUGCUCUGUAUAUGUCAUGCGUCCACUUUGAUGGUGAAAGCAAAGCUAGAUUUUGCACAAUGGAAUCCAAUACAAAUGCAGCAAAAACAUCAAGCAAAUUUGCACUAUUAGGAUUUGAAUCUCCUGAUUAAGAAAUUUGCAUCUGACAUCGUCCAUAAUAUAAACAACCAAACCCCAUUGAAAAAAAGGAGCAUUUUAGAUGCUGUUUACGUGUGUCGUCUUGCAAAAAGUCAUGGCAAAGCAUGAACUUUUUACCCAAAUCUGCAUCAUGAAGCAGAAGUUUCAGCAUCAUUUUGACUCUUGUGUCAUAAUCAAAUCACAGCCAAACAUGUUUUUUUGUGUGCAGUAUGCAGCACAGCUAGAGUAAGAUGAGUAAUUUGAGAUUUUGGACCAUUAGUUGAGCGAAAUGAGCAUCUUGAACCCCUCGCCCCGCUGCUGUCUUCUCAUAUUUGUUUCUUUGUGAUGAUGCUGAAACAACGUUGAAAACAAUCUGCGGUUACAACCAGAGAUUGGGAACCGAGGCGCUGUCAUGAUACAAGUCCCUGCAGGAAAACCAGUUUGUCAUGCUCUUCCUGUGCCUGUCAUUCCUGAUCUCAGUAAACACAGGAUAUUAUCAUACAGCAGGACUGGAUGUCCUCAUCAUAAUGAGACAUGAAAGGAUUUGUCCUGAUCACUCUUUGUUUUUUUUUGUCCCUCUGUCAUUUCUCUUUUGUUGUAAUCCUUCAUUCCGACCCGUUGCUGUAAAGAGCUGCCUGUAAAUAUUCCCUGUCCUAGCAGCGCACAUUGUCCAUCUUGGUUGUGUCAACAGCAGCAACAACAACGACUCAGCAACGCUCCCAAUUAAUGUCCCCGCUGUUCCCUCCCUGUCUGUCCUGGAGAAAAGAAUUCCUGACCUUUUGAUACUGUUGUUUCUGUUGUCGUGGUGCCUGAAAACAGGGGUGACGCUGAUGUGUUUGCUGUCUGUGCUGCUUCCACUCCCAGUCUGUUUAAUUCGGAGCGCAGAUAUUUUUCUGUAGUGACGUGAAUCAGCAGUUUGUGAACUCUGAAACAAUUUACCUCUUUCCCUCCUCAGUCUCGCAGCUCUGUCGUCUUUGUGUGUCCGUGAUGUUUGAAAGGUAACAUCCCCCCUUUCAAACCAUGUAAGGAAUCUGGUGCUGCUGAUUUCGAUGGUAACAGACCACGUCGUCGCUCAAAGGCCGGCUUUGUGCUCUGCAACCUGGCCUCUGAAUGAGAUACUGUGGAUGAAAAGGACAAGGUUUGAUUAGAUCCAACAAGCAUCAGAUAGCAGAUGCAUCAGUUUCCUCUCUUGUUAACCGAGGAGAAGAUUUUGAUAUACAGUCAAGUCUGAGUGGAGUCUGAGGGGUUUCACACUUUUGCUGCCAGCAGCACGAUGCAAUUAGACUCUGAAGUGUUGGAUGGCGAACAGAUCUUGAGGGCGCAGGGGUCACUGUUCUGAGAAUGAGUUUGAGAAAGUUUGGGGAUCAGGUCACGAGCCCAAUUCUCUGACUGUCACAGGGAGGAAACCAGCGCUGUGCUGAUACUGUAUGGUGCAGUUUUAAAGUUUGGCUUUGACAGGGGGUCCCAUUAUGAGCUUAAGUCGUGGUGCAGUGGUGCAAACUCAAAUACUCUUGGGUUAACCUCUAUUAAAUGUUUGGUCCGCUUUAAACGGACCAGAGUUCGUUUCCCCGGAUAGUCCGCUUCGUUUGGGCAGGUGUGAAAGCUCAUCCGAACUCUGGUGCGGACCAAACAAGCGAACUCUGGUCCGCCUAAAAACGUGGGUCUCGAUUCACUUGCAAGUGAACCCUGGUUCGGUUCGUAUGCAGUGUGAAAGCUCACCGGACCAAACACAGGACCAAAUGUACGUAAUGACGCUAUACGCAGUGCAUCUUGGGUAGAGGAAGCUGACAUUAGCAGUUGCUAGCUAGCUUAGCUCAAUCGUCUGAACAACAAUAACCCAUAAAUUCACAAUUUGGCGUAUUUAAACAAAAUCAAAUCACUACCAACAGUCACAGUCCUUAAACUCUGAGCUCAUAUGUUGUCACAUGUUAGAUCGUCAAAGUUAGAAAAAUAACAGGAUCAAUCCCCGACAAGCUACGAUAGCAUCAUAGGAACAGUUGCGUUCACUAACGUUGUAGUAUUCCAUGAAAUAAUGUGACAAAGCACAAUACAAGACGACUAGUCCACCCCGUUUGUAAUCCGUGAGGUUACAUACCCCUCCUACUUUGUCCAAUCGACGAGCGCCCUUUUCAACCACAUGAUGCUGUAUACAAUGUUGCGACUUUCAGCUCCCCAGUCGAACUGAGUCCGCUUGGUCAGGUGUGAAAGCGACCUUAGGAACAAGGAUGAGAUUUUUGCUGAAAACAAAGAGUUAGGGGCCGCACCACUUUGUCUGUAGAGGGCGCCGACAUCGACACAGUCACAAAGCUCUGUAAUUGGUCAACAUUAGGGAUUUGACCACAUACAAAAGCUACUAAACAAGCUUCUGGAAAGUUUGUGCUGAUGUAGUAUCAUGCAUUGCUGGCUGUAGUAGUAUACAGGUAAGCAUAUUUAGAAAAAUAGGAUCACUUAUUAAGCUGUUAUAAUGGACAAGUCAGGAGCUUUGCAUCAAAAUAGACUGUUCAGUUAUUUAAAGUUGUAAGUCAGUGGUUAACAGCGCCUCCUCUUCAUCCUCCUCACCACUCCCUUUGUGUGACUGCCUCAUAAUUGCAUCUAAUAGUUCAAACAUCCACACACCCCCAUCCUUCCCUCCUCAUUGUCUUCAGGGAACACGACAUCCUCCCUCCCACACCUCGCAUUAGAGCAAGUCUCCCAUCAGGCAGCGCCAUUCAUCACCAGCCGACCGUUAUUUCCAUCUGUAAAUAUCAGCAGUGCGCCACGAAGACACACUCUUCAUUUCACUGCUGCUGAGUAAGCAGCUGCUGGGACCAAAUCUGAAUAAUAAGCUGAGAAACGCGCCGUCCUGACCUGCGCAAUCACUCAGCAGCAGCAGAAGCAGCAUAGAGAGCUACACCCAGCCUUUACUCCAUCCUGCUUUUUCAUGCUGAGGCGUCAGAGCUGCAGCGCUUUUAUCGUCUCAUGUCCAUUAGAAGUGUCAGACGAGGCCGUCAUGUGUCUGUGACCUUCCACCUUUCCUGGGAUGUGACCUCGGUUGAAAUAAUCUGACCGAGGCCGACAUAAUCUAGAUUUAAUCACGGAUUUGAGCGUGUGAAGGACGGGCCUUCAUAAAAAUGUGGCGAGGGGCGGUGCUGCAGCCUUUAAAUAUCAUAAUAAAUCACAUAUGUCUCUCACUGCACAUUGCAUGAUUCAGACCUGAUGCGCUCGAGAUGUUGGAGUAAUACUGCAGCCUGUUCGGAGCUCGUUGUGUAAUGAACCUGGAGAUGUCAAAACCACCACGUCUGUCUGUCUGCCAGCUCUGACAUUUUACCAGGUCAGACGCUUUAAGGCUGGGUUGAAUUCGCUCCACAAACUCAGUCGGCCUUGAGAGAACUCUGCGAACACCAGAGUGGCUGACAGCAUAUUUGGUACCUCUGAACUAAAAAUACCGGGCUGCAAAGUAGGUUAGAGAAAGCAUCUUCAUGAGAGUCUUUUUGAAACUACUGAAGUCUGACAUUUUAGUCACAGGCUCUUAAAUGUUGCAGAGACUGAGUUUCUUGCAGGGUCAACGUUUACAAGACUGCAAAUAGAGUCCCUCUGAGAUGAUUUACCAUCAUGCUCUCGGGGAAGAUUUAAAGAUGAAAAUCCAACAGAGGCAGCUUUCUUCUGUUCGCAUAGAUUUAGCUUAAUUGUUGGCUGGGGCAGCACACUACAAGAACAAAAAAACCUUCCUGGAAAAGGGCGCUAUGAUUUGACGGCGUCAAGGAAAAUCUUAUUAAAAUUAGUCUUCGAGAAAUCUAAUUGUUGAAAGGUUGUGCCUUGUGAACUUCCAUAUAAUGGUGCAUCCGUUUACUUUGGAAGUUGAAGCUGGGAAUGACGUCACACCCGAGUUAAGUCGGAAAAUAGUAGCUAACGGCCAAAAACACCGGCUGAAACUACCAGGCUACGGUUAGCCGUUGUUAGCACGGCCUGCCUUGUAGUUUGCAUAUGCACAUGAAAAAUGUAAAUUACACUACGACAGCAUUUCCUUGUAUAUAGAUCUAACAAUACUAUUACGGCUGGCUUAUUGUGACAACAAAUAGUAAAAAGUGUUAAUAAAAGGAUUAUCACAGGAACAACCAGUGCCGCCAUCUUUAAAUGUCAACUAGAGGGUUGUGUGGAUUGUCAGAGUCAGAGUCGGAAAUCUGACCUCGGGGGUUGUUCCAGUUGAAAGUUCGGACUCGUAGCUCGGAAAUCCUGACUUCCGAGUACAACUGGAACGCAACUCUCCCUAACCCUGCUCAUUCUGUCCCUUGGCUUUUCAGUCACACCUUCUUUAUCUUGCUCCUCUUGCUGCUCUCAUCUCGCCACUACCAGCUGCCUAAUAGUUUGUACCGCUGAAGCUCAACAUGUUGAAGACAAGGCAAUUUAUAGUUAACAUUGGCGUCAUCUAAGUUCCUUGAGUGUCCACCAGGGGCAAAAGUGAGUUUGCUCAUAAUGACCCAGGCUAAGGCUGUUAACCCGGCGAGUUUCGACAUGAAUGUUGUUAAUGUGUCUGAACCAAAAGUCACAAAGCUUUCAGGACAGUAGAGUUAAAGAAUCACAAAAAAACGCACAAUAUCUUUGACUUAAAAUAAGUCACUUUAUACUUUAGGGGCUGAAAUUUCCUGGUUUUCUGUCUGUGAGCUAAAUUCAAAAACUGCAAGACAUGCAGUGGACUCAUUCAUCUUUAUAUAUGACACUGCAGUUUUACAUGAGUCUUUCCAUCUAAACCUCUGCUAUGCUUUCAAAUGAACCAUCUCUCUCACUAGUCCCCCCCCUUGUUGCCAUUUUUUUUACAUUUCUGUUUGCUUUAAUUCAUGAAGGAGAUGCACUCUAUAGAAACCACUUUGCUCUCUCACAUCUUUAAAGUCUGCAGAGGUUGCUGACUCAUUUCUAAAUCAUUUAAUCCUCAGAAAAGCUUCCUUUGGUUGACAAAGUUCUUCCGUUCCAUCACCUUGGUGCUGGUCCUUGUUUUCAAGGGUUAUAUUCCCCCACUCACAGGGAUGAUCUCAUCGUCCUCAUCCCCUCCUCAUUUCCUCCUCCCCACAGUUCCACUCUCCAUCCUGGGUGUUCAGGGUUGCCAUAGCUCUGCAGUCUCCUCCAGGUGCUUAGAGCUCAGCCUAUAAUUAGGCUGCCGCGCGUUAUUCUUGUCGCUCAUUUCUCCUGCUCCUUCCUAUCUCCCCAUUUUUCACCAUUCCCCUUUCUCUGAAACGCUGCGUCAUCCAUACAGUGUGUUACUGAUGUGCAGUGUGCCCUCAGCUUGAGAUUCACAGUUCACAGGGUUUAUAGUACCUCUCUGUAUUGUUCAUGAUGAGUCCUCUCAGAGUCCAACUGUGAAAUUGGAACACUUGUUUUAAAUGCCAAGUAGUAUGGUUGUUAAUGACAGAGAGUGUGUGUGUGUGUGUGUGUGUGUGUGUGUUUGUGGGUGCAAAUGAGAAAGUAGUGAGACGGAGAUUUGCGUCAGAAAGCGGACAAGUAUUCUUGACUCGGCCCUGCUAUUUCUGGAUCUGUAUCCUGUUUGGUCUCCAUGAAAGAGGCAAACUUCCUGUGUUUGUAUGGUCGACAGGAGUGAUUCAGAUCUAAACCAGUGGGUGUUAGUGACAGUGUGCAUAUGUGUGGCUUAUAAUUAAAGUAGUUUUAGUCAUAAGACAGUAGGAACCGUUUAAAGAAAGCAAAGCAUAGAUUGGUAGAACUCUGGUCGUCUUUUUAGGAAUACAGACCGUGCUUUCUCUUGCUUUUCUGCUCGUGAUGUGUGGAGGUGGUACUCUAAAUCACUGAAGCAGCAUUCACACGGAAUCAGGCAGACACUGGACAGUAAACAAGCAAAACCUUUUCAGAGGUUUGGGAAAAACAACCAGUCUCAUAGAUGGGGGGAGGGGGUGGAAAAAAAAACCAGCAUGUGGAUAUGUUUUGUUGACAAAGAACGAAUUGUGGUCCAAAAAUGUCUCAUACGAAGGUUUUCUUUUUAGCUGUUUACAUAUCCAAGCGGGUGAGGGUGCUAUGAUAACGAGGCACUGCCUGAAAGUUGUCUGAAGGGGGCUGGUGCUAAUUUGGCGAGUGCUCCAGAAGAACCCAAGCCAGUGAAAUAACACAAAUGAUGUAGAAUCUAGGGCUGUAAUCAACCAAAGAAGUUUCCGACUCUGAUGGCAAACCUUUCUGCAGCGGGGAACAACGUGGCUUGGCAAGGUGAAAAUAUACAGAUAUUUGCACAAGAAGGCAAUAAAACACAAAUAUUAUAUUCAGCAAACCACCGGACGUCGAUUAACCUGGACGCUCUUCAAUCUUCCUGUCUCCAGCCAGUCUCGAGUGGGUUGGGCUAAUCCAAAAUGGUGAAAACAAGGGGGGUACUCUGAGAGAGGCUGUUACCUGUGAAAUGGGGGUGCUCUAAAAACACCCCCACUAGCACUUGGUAUGUUCCGCAGAAAAAAUCAAGUCGACCAAUCAGAACUUUGGUCGACCCAGCAAGUAUCGACCAAUAAGUCCACCAGUCGAACAGGGAUAGUCAAGAGUGGAAGUGUUACCCAGGGAUUUAACUGGAUCCAGAAUGGCUUCACUCCACAGCGCCCACCAGAGAAGGGCUUACAAGAUUACUGAAAUUUCUUGCAAGAUUUGACAAGAUCUCACAAGAUCUUGCGUGUUUCUCUGUGAGACAUUGAAUGAGAUCCGGGGAUCGGUGUAUGUAAACACCCACAUCUUACAACCCUGGCCUUUCCUGUUAUCAAGUGAAGAACAGUUCAACAUAUUGACUUCAUUUUGUUUAGAAAAUUAACCGUGUGGUUUACUCUGAAGCCGCAUACAACUCCGCUGCUGCUCGUGCUGCGCUGCACUGAAUUGAUGUACCGUGCUAAAAUAGAAGCCUUCCGUGGAAUCACACACAUUGAUUAAAAUGCUUGCUUAUUUGAUCCGCCUGCGGAGCUGUUCUGGAUCCUGUGGGUUUUAGCUGUCAGAGUGUUACAUAGUCUCUUAAAUCAGAAACAGUCUGAAAAGGAGGACUCAGGUGUGCUCAUAUGAAAAGCAGAGGCAGGGAGAGCAGCAGCAAAGACCCCUGAGGUCGUAACAGAGCGGGCAUCAAAUUAUACACAGCAUAAAGAGGAGGACCUGGGGUGGAAGUAGGAAUGGAUUUCUUGAGUAAAUUUGGUCUCAGAAGUCGACAGAAAUCUUGAAUAUUUAACCCUCUAAAUUUCAGUAUUUCUACCCUGAUUGUUGCGCAGUAAGGCCAAACCUCACCCUCCAACAAAAUUGUUUCCAGUUUGCUGUCUCCCAUUUGCCUGGAUCCAUGUGAAUGCACCAUAAUGAUUCCAGAUAUACACACCCACCAACACCCGAGGGCCUGGAUUUCACAAUGACUCACACUCAUUAGGAGUAACCUCAGCUCACAUUAAGUUGUGUAAAAAAAAUUUGUGUUGCUGUAAACAUGUUUGGCACGCUUUAGGAGUCUCGAAUUUAGACUUUUUAAAAAAAAUGAGCCUCUGCAGCAAUUUCCAGAGGCAGAAACUCUUCUCUUCAACUUGAUUGCACCUCUCCUCAAACUGAUGAGUGCCUGGUGUAGUAGAAGAGAAAAUGCUGUUAUUGUUUAUUUUGUGUUUUUCCAGCAUGUGAGUCUGACGCAGAUGGCUAAUUAUGAGGGAGCAUAAUUACUCAUUUCCUUUUGGGAAAGUCAACACAGUAGUAAUCAGUGAAUGAAGACGCUCCUGCUGCAGAUAAUGAAUCUUUCUGCAGAGAUGGAGUGAAGGGGUUGACGUCUGUGCGUGCAACCUGGGGGAGCAGCAGGCUGAGGAUUGUGCAUUUUCUGACGCAGACUAUCAAACGAGAGGAAUAAAAGGAUGAUGUAACAUGACGCAAAGUGAUGCACAGGAGCAUGGAGGUUUCUCUGGGAUCUCAGAGUCCAGGUGGAGAAGUUUGUAAGUUUUUGAUCCAUCCACCCAAAGCAGAGGAGUAAUAUUUACAUCAAGAUUCUUUUAGCACCAUUAUAAAAACUAAAACCCUGGGGAAGCUAAACCACAGCAUAAAUCGUGCUGCAAAUAUUUGGGUGUGAUUGUAAACAGAUUGCUGCAAUUUCUGAACUGAGCAGCAGCCAAAGUUCACAGUGCGAUUGUGUGUUAUAGUGUGUUUGUGUUUGUGGAUCACGUCUCCAUCUGUGUAUGUUGGCCGUCCUCUGCAGGAUGCCUCCCAGCUGGACACCAGCGAGGUCAGAGCCGGUUUAGCAGCCGGUCACUGAACGAUGCGGCCAUUACUCUGCUUCGCUGUUCAUUUAAAACACGCCGUAACACUUGCAUGCACGCACAGAUACACGCACACGCAUUCACACCUCCUCGCAAAACCAACCUGAUGAUGACAUUCCCGCUCCCAGCUGACUUGGAUAAUGCUCUUGCCUCAGGUUGCCACAGCAAUGACAGAAGAGGUUAUAACAGGCUGUUCCCUUAGGGUUUGCGAGCAGGCACUGUCUCCAUGGUGAUUAUAGCUAAGGGAACCAGAAGUCCCUCCAUCACGUCUAGACAAAUUAAGUGGGCAGAAGUCAGAACUCUCUUUCUUUACACACUUCUAAUCAGAUUUGAGACAGAUUUGUCUGAGAUGCUAAUUCCCAAGGAACUCCCCCCGAGACAAAGCUUAAUCGCGUUGAAUAUGAAUGAAGAUAAAGUGUCUGACAAACUCGAAUUUACCUUGUAGAUAGACUUGAUGGAAACUUUUGAAGAUGAGUAAGGGAAAAAAAAGACCUGUACGAACUUGAAGAGAAGCCUAGAGGAAGUGGGUGUGGUAGAUCUGAAACGUAGAUCGAUGCGCAUGUUUAAAAUCUGACAGCUGCUUGAAAUGACAUAAAGACGUAGAAGCCUUGGUUUGAAGGACCAUGGAUGGAAGCUCAAGGACAUUUACUGUAUGAAAGAAUGACACUGCUAGAAUACAGAUAGUAGAUAUGAGCUCAAACAACUCUGAUCAGAGUGAAUCAUUUGCUCCUGACAUCCAAGUGACGUGUCUUUUCUAGUAAGGACAGGGUGUGUUCGGACUCUUUGCUUCUACCGUAAGACCUGAGGCUGGAUCGUUUUUUUAUCCGCCACUCCCCAAAAAGUUUUUGUUUUUAGCUGCCAAACGCUCACUAUGUACGACAUCCCUCUACUGAUGACAUAUCAUCGCCAUCUACUGGUCUGGCAUGAUUCAUGUGGACAUUCUCGACCAUUUCUAAGAUGAUGUGAGGACAGACAUACACAAAUACCAACAGAUUAACAGAAAAACUCCUACUACCCAGCGGUUCUCAAGUCCAGUCCUCAAGGCCCACUGUCCUGCAUGUUUUGGAUGUUUCCCUGCUCCAACACACCUGAUUCAAAUGAUCAGCUCGUUAUCAAGCUCUAUACUGGCUUACUAACGAGCUUAUCAUUUGAAUCAGGUGUGUUGGAGCAGGGAAGCAAUCUUCGUAAGCCCAUAGGCUGUAUCAAGUGUCAAUCAAAGAAAACACGAACCCCCUAAUAACUUUUAAAAAUGGAGCUGUACAGAAAAAAAGGACUUAAACACAAACCAGUCUUACAAUAACUACAUGUCAACAUUGCAAGCAGGGGGGAGAAAAAUUUAUAUUCUCUGUAAUACAUGUCUAAAGUUUGUCAUCAACUCCAUAGGGAUUGCUGGAGGAGGCAGGAUUUAUGACCUAUACUGCAGCAUGUCACCAGAGGGUGCUGUUCUUGGGGUGGCUUCACCCAGCAAGGAGGCAGAUGCUGUCCAUUCUAUACAGUCUAUGGGCUGUCCCGAUACGAUAUUGAUAUCGGAUAUUGGUCCGAUAUCAGCAAAAAAACAAAUAUCGGAUUACAUCGGCCUUCAUCUAAAAUCUCUGAUAUUAGCACUCCGAUACAAGGUUUUUUUUGUUAAAGUCCGAAAAAGACAUUGCAGCUGAGUGCAACACUUGUCAUGCACAAGUUUGUGCCAAUAUCCGCUCAAUAUCGGUAUCGGCCGGUACUGAAGGCUACAAUAUCGGUAUCGUAUCGGAAUUAAAAAGUUGUAUCGGGACACCUCUAAUGGUGACCCUCAAAAUGAUUUCAGAGCAUCUAGUUUCACAGAUUACCGUAGAUAUAUGAACAAUAAACAAUAAAUAAAUCAAUCAAAUUUCACCUACAAAGUGCCAAAUCACACCGGAAGCUACCUGAGGACGCUUCAAAAGGUCAUGUCCUGACUCUACUCCUCAUCCACCAUGAGUGAGCCCCAAAUAGCUGGAGUCUGCAUGUUUUAAAUGUAUGCUAAAUUCAAUAUAAAGAGGAAAGUCUGAAAUGCUUUGUCUCGGUGUAAACCUCUCAUCAGGUCUCUUUGACCUUUUUAAGCCCAUCAACUUAGCAGAUCAGUACUUAUCCCAGACUUCCUUCGAUCUGUCGGUAUAAGAACCUCCUGAAUGAGCAUGACGGGAUGCAGGCUGGGUUUCUCAAGGUGCUCCAGUUUCAUCAUAACCUCGUUCACCUCGCUUUACUUCAGCCUGGCAGCUCUGCUCAGAUGAUGAGCCCAGUCUUUCUUAUCUGUUCUUUCACACAUUCAGGCCAGAGCUUCAGUUUUCUCCCUCGGUGUUUAUUAUUUUUUGGCUUUACUUCUGCUCUGUAAUUGAACCUUCGGCUGGCAGGGAGUGUGAUGGGAAGUCCGCCCUGUAAUCAGUGAAACCCUUCCACUAGAUCUGCUUCCCAAACAUUGGGUCAGACACACACACACACACACACACACACACACACUCACAGGCACAGACUGUGCUGAGACACACUGGAAGUCUGGUCAAAGAUGAUCUGAAGGUUUAAAGUAACAGCAGGCCCUAGCUCUGCCCGCCAAGGUGAUCAGUGUGUGUUUGUGUGUGGGUGUGUGCGAGUCUCUGUCACCUGGCCAGUCUUAUCUUAUUCAGCUGUCACACAUCCUCCCCGGCUCAGCAGACAGAUUCCCACAGUGAUGCAGCUUGUAAACAACCCACAGACAACCAGCCUCGGCUCCAUUUUUAACACAACUGAUUGAUUACUCACUCAGAGGAGAGGGACGUGGGUUUUCACUGAAUCACAUAACAUGUUACACCAGUCAUAAAUGUGUCUCUACUACACAGGAGAACACACUGAAACCUGCAUGCAACAACAACAACACACUCGCACUUUGAGCAAAGUGACUCCUGUGUUGCAGCUAAAACUAGGGCAGGGCAAUAUGGUCUCAAAUCCAUAUCACCGUAUAUUGAGCAGUUCACCUCGAUAACGAUAAAUGGACAAUAACUACUCCAACUACUCCAACUUUUGAAUCGUCCUCCAUCUCCUCACCUGUCUUUCCCUCUUUGUUACUGACUGGAUGGGGAUGAGUCAAUUCUCCUAUGUAAGAGAGCGUCUUAAAGGGACAUGAGACCAUAGCCUACCUACACACAUCCAAAAACAACUUUUAUUUAUUUAUUUCUUGGACGAUAUACCGAUAUGUCAUAAAUUUCGGUAUCAGUAAAUUUUCGGCUUAUCGCCCAGCCCUUGCUAAAACUGUGUUUUUGCACUUUUCUGUGCCAAAGAGACAAGGCCAAGAACCAAUACCAGAGGGCUGUAGUCUUUGUAGUCAGCUCAGACAUGACUCUGUAGUGGCAGUCACCACAUAGGCUCAAAAUCCCACCCAAAAACAAUUGUCAGUGGAGACUUGUCCUAGCCUGUGGAAACUUCUCUAAGCUUGAAGCCAUUUAAGAUGGACAUUAGCAUUAGGGCUGGGCGAUUAACCGAAAAUUUACCGAUACCGAAAUUUACGACAAUAACCAACGUCAUUUUUCCCAUGUUAAUAAAUUCUGUGUCAAAAUAAAUAAAUAAAUAAGAGUUGAUCUAUGGUCUCAUGUCCCUUUAAGACGCCGUCCUAUGUCAGAGAUGUGACUCCACCCCAUCCAGUCAGUAACAAAGAGGGAAAGACAGGUGAGGAGAUGGAGGAGGAUCCAAAAGUUGGAGUAGUUGGAGUAGUUAUCGUCAAUUUAUCGUGAUCGAGGUGAACUGCUCAAUAUAUCGUGAUAUUGAUUUGAGGCCAUAUCGCCCAGCCCUAAUCAGCAUUCUUUUUGGAAAUCAUGGAUGAGGUGUCCUCUGGUCCAAAGAGAAGAGGGACCACUUGGCUCGUUAUCAGCGCCCAGUUCAAAGUCACAUCCCUGAUGGUAUGGAGAUCAUUGGUGCCCUGGCACGGGUAGAUUAGGCUCCAUUAAUGCUGAGCAGGUUUUGGGGUAACAUAUUCUGCCGUCCGGACUCUUUCAGGGAAGACCUUCAUCCUUCAGGUUUUAGUACUUUGACAGCUCUACUUUUUUUGCAGGGGCUUCCUUUUCAUCCUCCCCUGCACAGUCAUUGUGUAUCCAGGCUGUUGUUACUCUCGACAUUAUCUGGGGUGUGGUACAUGGUGUCCCAGUCCGGACAACGAGGUCUUGUCUUGUUAGCAGUUUGCUUAGUUGUAGCCUGUAGAAGAUGUGUGCCAAAGAGAGUGUGUGUGUGUGUAGAGCUCCUGCGACACAUCUCGCUCUCCGGGGAGUCUCCCUCCCUCUGGGCUGAGAGCUGAUCCAAGACGCACUCCCCCCUUAUCCUCCCCCUCCUUCACCUUCACCCAGCUCCCCUUGGCGGGUCUGGGCCUCUCAGAUAAGACUGUACAAUUAAUGGCACCGCAGGACCGGGGCCCAUGGGGACACUUCAAAGAUAGUGUGUAUGUGCAUGUGUGUGUUUCUAAGUCCCCCGUCACUUAUUUGUAAGUGUGUGAUGCAAUAGUUCUUCUCCUGACAGUCCUCCAUUUACAUUUAACGGGUAAUAAACCUUUUCCUGCGUUUUUUCCUCCACGUUUUAGUGCCGCUGAUCACAUCUGUGAGCGCACCAGCCAUAAACGGGUUCAUUCGCACGUUUCAGCACGAUUUAUGCAAGUGUCUUCACACAAUGACUCCGAGAUGGGAAUGGUUCGGCAAUUUACGUGUAGAGGAAGACGAGGAAGAAGAGUUAUUAGUGCCACACACACAGAGAGCUGUGCAGCUACAUAGAUGGAUGAGAAUGAAUUUAGCUUCUUUUCUCUCGCAUACAAGAGAAGUUUGGAAGUUUUACAGGCUGGAUAUUCAAAGUCUUCCAGCACAGAAGAGCUAGCUCAUUAACAGCCAAGAUUGUAAAGGAGUAUUGCAACAUUUGUUGGUGUUGCUGUCAGUUGUAAUGACAGUGUGAAGGAAUUUCUGACUUUCAGGAAACUCAAAGAUUUUAGUUUCUGCUUCGAAGCUUCACGGUGUCAGACAGAGUUCUCAGCAAACUGGGACAGAUUUUCCUUCAAGGAAUCCCAAAAGACAGACGCGAAUGUAACUCCAAAUUAAAAAACUUUACUCGCUAUUCAUGAUUCUGGGUUUUACAACACAAGUUUUACCAAUUUGAAUAAGAACUUGGGUGUGUAACCAAGUUUAUGCUCAUACUUCAAAAACCAUGAUACUAUUUAGCAAAGCUUUUGCAUGCGACACUACAAAAAGACAUUUUAAUAAUGGGGCAAAUCCUCCGAAGCAGAACAUAUGACUGACACACGAUGAUGAGGCAGAGAUCACGUUGCGUGUGCCGUACAUCUGCCUGGAUGUGAUUUGGGUCGCUGGUUCCAGCUGUGGAAAUAGGUCACCUGCCUGAGAUAGGAGUUGUGAUUUUUGAAUCACAGCAGAGCCAAAAUUCAGACACAAAUACACACUCUCAAACGCACACACAUUUGGAUGUUUCAUGUGAGCCAUCACAGUGAGCUUGUCAUCCUCAUCAUAACCCCUCCUUGGGGGCUGCAAACCACUCUACCAAAUUGAAGUAGCAAAUAAUCUCAUAUAAUCGCUCUCUACCAUAAACUUACGUGUUCCUGCACAACAUUAUUGAAUUGUUUGCUUGCCUGGCUGUCAUGUGUUGUUUUUUUUUUGUCCUUUUUUUUGUAUUUUCUGAGCUCCCCUCUGGGUACAACAAAUUUGAUUUCCUUAUUAUGUGGAUGUCGAAUGCUUUCAAAGCAGCUCUGCAUGCUGAGCAUCAACAAGUAGGACAUGUGCAUCCUGCUAGAUCAGUGGUUCUCAAGUUUCCCUGCUUCAACACACCUGAUUCAAAUCAUCAGCUCGUUAUCAAGCUCUGUAAUGGCUUACUAACGAGCUGAUCAUUUGAAUCAGGUGUGUUGGAGCAGGGAAAAAUGCAGGACAAUGGGCCUCCAGGACUGGACUUGAGAACCACUGUGCUAGAUUAAAGGGGAAUUCUGCUAAUUAUGAAAGUAACAUGUUGAAGUGCGUAGAUAUCGAACUCUUUGAAACUUCAAAACAUGGCAGUAUUGUGGCAAUUGAUCAUUUAGGGAAUGAGGGUGUAGGUACCAGAUGUGUUCGGGCUACCAGAUCUGCUCGGGGCCAAGCGUCUGUUGAAGACGUCACACUACAGCAAGUCCACUUGGACAAACUACAUUGCGCUCCAUUUAAUAAGUCAAAUGUGCUCGGUUAAAAGCCACUCGCGGUUUUCUUUAUUUCUCUUUGUCCAUUCAGUCGACCUCGGAAUUUUCUCUCCAUAUAAUACAGAGAAUUACAACGUACUCUACUGCAGUUUUUAGAUGGCUUUUCUCCUAUAUGUUAACUUUUUUGAAGGAAAAAGAAAAAAAAGAUGCACGCAGGAUCUUUGUUUAUCAAGAGAUAGUUCUGCUUUUGUUCCACAGUUCCUUUGGCAACCUAAAAGUUGCAGUAGUCCUGCUGUUGAAGUCCCCUUUGAUAAGUCGCGAUGGAUUGCUUUGGAAAAUUCGUCCAUGUUUUCUCUGAAGAACUACAAUUUUCCAUGAAACCUAAUCUGGCAAAACCCGCUUCCAUAAUGUCCUGAUUAACCACGAUCUUCUACGUGAUCCGAACUUACUCCAAGCCAAUCGUACACCAUUACCUUAUCAAUAGGCACUGGGCCCCGAGUAGAUCUAGCAGCCCCAAAACAUCUGGUACCUACCUACAAUGGACUUUAGUUUUAGGAGGUAGACCAGCAACUCCUGUGCUCUGCAAAGAAGGUUGCCAUGGUGACACAUACAGGAAGUAGUUUUUCAGGAAGUUUGUAGAGUCUCCAAACUUUCUACACAUGAGCCCAAUUGAGAAAUGAGAUGAUUAGUAUGUGUUUUAGGUGGGUGAUGAAAAGGAUCAGUGGCGCCCCCUACAGGUUUUCAAAAUCUCAGCCUGUGCAGCUUGUUAAACUUGAGAUGUUGAAAUUUGGUGGGUUUAUUCAUCAUGACAAAACACCUUGAGAACUCACGAAUAAAGGCAGACAGAGGUAGACCAGUUUCUUUUUUUGUCUGUUUUGUUUGGUGGCUCCUGGCAGAACAAUGUGAUGGUUCAUCCAAGAGAGAUUCUUGCUCUUUGAAAGGAAAGAGAGAUUUAUCUCAGUACGGGUUUUGUAGCAUAUCUGAGCCUGUUAGGGAUGUGUUACAGUCUCAUGAUGAAGAAAUCUACUUCAGCUUUUUCCGGAUUGCCUAGAUCCAACAGUCAUGAACACACACAAAUGUGUAAAAAGAGAGGACCAAGAUUCAUUACACUUGAGUCUGUUCCUGCUCCCAAAGGCUGACUCCGCUUUAAACACAAUGCUAAAAACACAGUCACGAUUUUUGCUCUUCUAUAAAUCUCCUUACUGGGGAGUUUGUUGCUUCCUCAACUGCAGCGUUAAGGUCUGUUGCUCUCAUUUCUGCCCAACUCCAGCAGUAUUUCAUCAGAUAAUUGUGAUUAAUAAAAGCAGCAAGAUGCUGGAAAACAUUUUUGAUGGAUCACUGCUUUGGUUGCAUCACUUGUAAACUCUAUUAGGGGGCGAAUUAGCACGACAAGCAGGAUGUAAGCGGGGGUUUUUGCUGACUUCAACUGAACUAUGAUCUGGAGGUCAAUCUUGUGUAGCAUCAGCCGUCUUUCCCCGGGCUUAUUCCCCUGUAGCUGCAGCGAUGGCUAUCAUGCCAGAUUGAGACCAAAAGGGGAUAUUUCUCCUGACCAGGCUGCUGUCCUAAUCCUCAACGCCCAGAUUACUGCUCCUCCCGCCCCCUCCCUGCAGGACGACCGGCUGGCAGGAUGGCACAACUAGAGCAGAGAUCGGAUAAAGACAGAGACGGAGAAGGGAGAGAAGGAAAGGAGGCUGCUGUUGUCUUUUAAUACUGCUCAUUUCUCAAAAUUUUCACCAUAGGCAGAGUUGUCCACAACACUGAUGAUUUGAAUUAAAUAUUGAAAGUUUAAUUUUCAGAAAUGAGUGUCUCUUUUCUCGAGUUGCCUCAGGGGCUGCGAAUCGUGCUGCUGCCCACAGCUCAGCUUGUUUCUGUGUGGCUGUGGUUUUACAAAUUUAAAAACCAAUCUGAUGUUUUCAUAACUGAGAACUCUUGGAAAUUAGAUUUUUUGGGGGUGUUUUAAGGUCCAGCCAUUGCGUAUUAGGUCUAAAUGGUCCAAAAUGUGUUUUUUAUUUUAUGAUAACUCCCCCUCUGGGUAGUUUCAUCACAAGGUCCUACUCCGAGUGGAUCCUAGUCUUAAUAAAAGAAAGAAAAAAUUCAUCAGGUAUAUGUUCUUUAUCGGGUAGACUUGCAGGAUGGUUAUUGUUUGCAUCCCUCAUUUCUGCGGUUGUUUGCGGACACAGAUCAAUUCCAUGCACAGCAGCGUAACCGUUUGACAGGAAUCUUUAAUAAAUUUGAUGUAACAGCGACUGAACAGACCGUAGAUGCGGCCAUUCUUCCUCUCGUAACUACCUCCCCCUGACACCAGAGUUUCCCAUCUCUCCUCUGAUUUCCGUCAGCCUCCCUCACUCUGUCUCCAGCCCUCCGUCCCCACAUCCUUUCUGUUUUACGGAGCGCUUGACCUUCUGCUCGAGCCCCCAAGGCUUAUUGUCCAAUUCAUCUGUUCUCCAAUCUCUCCCCGUCUCUCGCCAUUGUGGUUAUUGUUCCUCCUCUCACUUUCUCUCCUCCCCACUCCUGCCUUCGCCAUCAUCCCGGGGCUCUGAUUUAUAAGCUCGCAGCAAAAGCCUUGGCCGUUCCCUCCCCCCUUCUUCUGCCUCCCCCUCCUCCUUUUCCUCCAGCGGAAGACAGAGCAGCAGAAAGAUAGCAUUGGAGACGCAGGAAGAGAGAGCGAUUGGCGAGGAUAUGAUUUGCCAUCCAAAGGAGGAUGACACAAAGAAUUUGAAUGUCAGCGAGCGGUUGGCAUAGAUUUGCCUACCUUUGCCCGAAGCAGAGAGGAAGCUGGUUUAUCGCUUUCAACAAGCGACGGGGAGGGGCCAGCGGGUGGGCCGAUAAGGUCAAAAUGAAACUGGGCAUCCAGAAAGUCAUUUAAUUAAAAGAUAGCACACAUGCAAAUGACUUUUAAAAAGAGAAUUUUAAAAGUUUUUGCGCUCACUGUGCUUCGGGUUUUAUUACUAAUGAGAAGGAUUUGCUUUCUGUUGCACUCACAGGUGGUGGUGUGGGAAUCGAACCCCUAAAUAACCCUGUGAGGAGCAGAUGGUGCAGUGUCAAGGCUGAUGACCAUCGGUGUUUUGUUGCCAUGUGUUGGAACCGAGGAGGUCUUGCGGGUGGAAGGGGGGGUGCAUGUGUGUGUGUGGGAUUUGCUCAUUUUCAUGUUGGCCUGUGAGGGAUGUGGACUCUGCAGGUCUUUUGUGACCCACCGUGGAAGUGUAACCUCAUCUGUGCAGUUUUUACACACAUUAGACUGCAUGCCAUUCAUCCCGAGGGCUAAUCAAAAAUGAACAGGUUACCAUUCAUGUUAAAAUCUGUAAAUGGUCUGAGGGUUAGUCCCUUCUUCUGCUGAGGGUCUUCUUACCUCCAAUUUCCACUGCAUCCGAAAUGGCUACGAAAAGGCCGUAUCCACUGAUCGUAGCUGAUCGUAACCAUUCAAGAUUCAAGAUGUUCUGCCAUGGAUUGCCGGACUCCGCAGCUGAUCGCAAGAGUUCUAUAUUUUCGGGACGCCUGAGCAUGCCGGAUAAAUUCAGCACAGAUUAGUCCGUGCUGGAAAGGAAGUCGGGCACAGACACAAAUAAAACAUCCGGCUAUUUUUCAAAAUAAAACACGACGUGUUACAGGCUGAUUGUAUUUCACACCAUGCAAAAGGACGGGGACGAACAAGUGAAAGUUUUUUUAGACAGCAUUUCACCCCGAUUACACCAUGGAUAAGAAGAUGCUAAUUUUAGAAGUCUUGAAGUGGAUUUCCCCCUCUUGAAGGACACAAUCUACUGCUUAUUUGGUUAUGUGGCUAUGGAGACAACUCGUUAUCCUUGGGUUCUUGUGAGUUCUCGCGAUACCACUGUCCGUAAUCCGCCAUGAAAUUCGCCUCACAAACUGAUCAGGUAGGAGUUGGCGGACGGCGAAAAUCGCUGCCAUUCCAGAUCGUAGCAUUCCGGCUGCAGUGGAAAUUCUGGGUUAAUCCACAUUUUCGGUCUGGUUGACAAACUGCUUCGUAGGUCCUUGUCGAUUGGACAGCUCAUCGGUUGAUAUGUGCUGAGCGGACCAAAAUUCUGAUUGGUCGACUUGAUUUUUUUUCCACGUCAAUUUACAGUCUAUGUUUCAUUCCAUCAGGAGGAACAUACAAAGUGCUAAUGGGGGUGUUUUCAGAGCCCCCCGUUUAACAGCCUGUCUCAGAACACCCCCCUUGUUUUCACUAUUUUGAACCCGCCCAACCCAUUGGUAACCAGCUGGCGACAGGAAGAUCGAAGAGCAUCCAUGUUAAUCAACGUCCGGUGGUUUGCUUUUAACUUUGAGUGUUUCAACUUUUAUCAAGUUUAAUUGCCUUCUUGUGCUGAUAUCAGUAUAUUUUCACCCCGCCGAGCCGCGUCGCCCCCUGCCACGAAGGGUUUGCCGUCGGACCCACCCCUUUAGUCGAUUUUUAGUCAAUAAAUUUCAGGGUUUUAGUCGACCAAGAUUUUCUUUGGUUGAUUACAGGCCUUUAGCUGUAGUUAUGUGCCUGUUUCACCAAACCUACAUAAUCUUUAUCUCUUUCCUGCUGUUUCCAUGUCAGAGAUGCUUGUUAUUGAUGAUCAAAUAUACCUCCUCAUGUCUUUAAUGUACACACACACAAACCCACAUACUCAAACGCCUCAUGCUAAACCAUAUAUGGAUAAAGUGUUCAUCCCUGCGUCUGUGCAGUUUCUCCAGGACAGAAGAGUGUUUACAUAAUCCUGAGUUGAUUCAUCUCCCUGUCAGUGCAGCACAGGAGCAGGUUAGCUUCAGGCAUAGGCUGUGUGUGUGUGUGUGUGUGUGCCAACAUGCAUUUAUUAAUUUUUGUGUUAAUUUCAGCUCCUAUGUGUUGCCUCAGUGUGUGUGUGUCUGCAUGCAUAAGGAGGUUUUGUGCUGAACUUCCCUCAGGAGAGGAGGCGCAGACAAACCACUGAAUGUCUGCAUUGUACUGGCAAAUGAGCUCCAACAAAAUGGGAGGGAAUAAGGGUGGGGGGGGAGAGAAGGAGACAGAGGGAGGGAGGAGAGGGACUGAUGCCAUUGUGUUCUCUCUAAUCUUGUUAAUGGUUUUGAAGGACCUGGCAGGCAAACAAGUGUUGUUUUGUGGGAUGGAUAGCAUAUUUUUUCCUGCAGACUUGAUUCUCUCGGAGCAGCCAGAGGCACGCAGACCUCUUCCAGAGUAAGAGGAGCCGGUGGGAGGGCUUUAUUCUGGAUGAAUCUGAGCUGAAGCCUCAGAUUUUUGUAUCGAUUCAGCCUCUCUCAGGUGUAUCAGGGGAAAGUAAACUUAAUCUGCUUUUAUUGUACACCAUCGCACACACACAGCGACCGCUUUAAUACGCCUGGCAGGAGACCCAGCUCUCCGUUGCUGUUUCUUUUGCUGCACAGAAAUGGUGCAUACCUGAGCUGAAUGCAAUAAAAUCAACACCUGAACAAUGGGAUUAAAUCCAAUAGUGCUGAGCAACAUGAAGCAGACAUCUGUGACGACUGCAAUUGGAGAAACGAUUCAAUUAAAUUAGAGUUAAAUCAAACCUGAUAUUUCUCAAAGCUGGGCUCUUUUACUGCUUUUUUCUUAAGUCAGAAUGAGCCCUAUAUCUUCUUUAGUCUCCAGAGAGUAUAGCCUCUAGGUUUUUUGGUGUUAUACUAGCUGCAAAAGAUGAAAAACAAGCCCAAGAGCAGACUCCGUUGCAGAGAUGUUUGGUUUUAAUGUUUUAUUUGGUGCAUUUUUCACAUCCUCCCUAAUCUUUAGAUGCACCUGAGCCUUUACCAAUGAAAGCAAACAUUAAACUGCAUGAUAGGAAAUAAUUUUGUGGAUGUGUGUGUGCAGCAUCUCCAAACAGGAACAGGUCAAGGUCUAUUUCUGUAGAUAAAGACACAUCAGAUUACCCUCCAUCAUGUUUACCCAGUUAAUGAACAUCAUGGAUUCAUAUCCUCCUUAUAUUAACACUUUUAACAAAGUUUAAAACAUACAGGCUGCUCUUUUCUACCAGGCUAUCUGUCAGUUAGCAUCUCCUGCACACUGAAGCCUUUUGGAAAUGCCUCUGUUCUUAAAAGACAGCUACAGUACAGAGUCUGACAAGGACAAAGGACAAAGACAAGAUGGUUUCGGGAGGAAGUUCAUGAAGCUGAGUCACACAUUUCUGUUUGGGGGAGUUUAUGAUCUACAGAAACUGAUUAAUGUUGCACUGCGUCUCUCAGAGCUGGUGGUUAAUUUGUAGCUGCAUCAGAUUUAAAAAAAGGUUUAAUGGUUAAAGGGAUAUUCCGGCGUAAAAUUAAGGUGUUAGACCAGUGUUGUUCUCGUCAACGCCCCUUUUUUUCCACAACGAAAACGUGACGUUGACGAGCUAAACAUAAGUCUCAGAUGACGAGACGAAUGUGCGUUAACGUUGAUGAGACGAGACGAGACUAGACGAAAACGUUAAUGGUGGACAACAAACAGAGUUGCAAAAUUUAUGAGCAUUUCGUCAGUCAAAUGCCAAACAUAUAUUCUGCAGUGUUGUUUUUGUUGACCAUAACGUUUAGGAAUUCUGCUUUUAUUUUUUCCAUUGUUUUAAUUGUUUUUUGAUUGUUGUUUUGUCUAGUGAUGUACAGCACUUUGUUCAGCUGUGGUUGUUUUAAAGUGCUUAACAAAUAAAGUUGAGUUGAGUUGAGUUGAGGAAAUAUUUUCGUCAACGUCAUCGUCAACGAAAACAACGCGUUAGACACCCCCUUGAGAGAUAAAUGUUGCCGACUGCUUGCUUCUGUAGUUAUACCAACUUUAGUAAUGACCGCAUGAUAGCAAUACACAGCGGUCUACCACUCUAUGUGCAAACCUCAACCAUAAAGCCACUCUAUAGCCACAAAUAAUGCUCAGAACAGCACCUAACUUCAUCAACGGUACAUAUAGGGUCCCAGCCAUAGCACUAUCCAUCAACAAUCUACUAUACUAUCAAGUACUAUCAAUCUUUUUAGCUUUGCCUAAUUUCUUUAGCAAAGAGACUAAACACAACCAACCCACUCUCCUUAAGCAGCCACUUGUUUGUGGGGGAGCCCUGACGAGUCGAUCACCGAGUUCAGCGGAGUUUCGCAGCUCAAGGAAGAACAUUCAUGUUUAUUACUUCAAGGAAAUGAUCCACUACACUUUGUAAUCGACGCUUCAGGGCUCCCCAUACUUAAUUUUACACUGGAAUAUCCCUUUAAGAUGGGAGUCGAAAAGCAAAAAUAAGAACUGACAAAAAAUAGGAGAGUGCUUGAAAUACUGGCAGACGUAAAAAAAAUGCAUGAACUCCUUUCCACAGAUUGAUGAUACGAUGUUCAUAAUCAAGUUGAUGUUGCUAUUGAGAAUUAACUGCUGUUGCGUUGAAGCUGGUGAACAAUUAUACAUAAUUAUUCCUGCCAUAAUAUUGCAGCAGAUAAGUGAUUCCUGCUGCAGGAACGGUUAGUUCAGUCGCAGAUUAAUAAGGCAUUAACUCACUGCUCAAAUCCAUUUAAGCGUUGAACAAAAACAGCUAUCAUCAGCGUAUAUUUCAUGCAUAUGCUGGCUGUUUAUUACUCGUGGUAUAGAUACGACGGUCUUUUAUAAGCCUCCACCAUUCAGUGACUAAUAGAAACGAAUCGUCUUCAGAUGGCAGGGCUUCUCUCUUUGUCACUAAGUCUUUGAGAAAUGGCCCGAACAGCGAAAAAAGCUGUAUAUUCACUGGGGUUUGCAGUCGUAGUGAAGGUUUAUUUUCUCCAGACUUUUGUGGAAGCGUAAUGAGACGCUGAAUUGGGAAUCACAUUUGCAUUUUUACUAUUUAAUCAAAAUUUCCAGAGGCUUUAAUAAAAGCUGGAAUGAGGAAAUUCACUCCUAGCCUACUUUUGCGAACACCUCAUUUUUUGGCUCUCCUCCUAUUCUUCCCUCUCUCUCUCCCCCUCCUCUUCUCUAUCUCCCGCUCCUCUAAUCUUAAACCAGCUCACCUCAUCGUACUUUUCAUCUCACACGCUAAUCUCCUCUCCUCUCUCGGCGCUCCCUCCCUCUGUCUAUCUAAGUAAUAAAAUUUAAUUGCAUCCGUCUUGCAUUUUUCCAGCGCAAGUCCUCACAGAGUUUAACAUGAGUGCUAUAUCUCAUUAAAUCUUGUCUUUCUCUUUCUCUCUCUCCCUGUCUGCCUCACCUCUCCCCCCUCCCCCACUUAUAGGUGCCUACAGAUGUUUCUAUGGGUCUGUUGGCAGAGCCCCAGGUGGCCAUGUUCUGCACUAAACUCAAUAUGCACAUCAACGUGCAGACCGGCAAGUGGGAGCCGGACCCCUCGGGCACCAAGACCUGCAUCGGCACCAAGGAGGGCAUCCUGGAGUACUGCCAGGAGGUAAAGUUACUGUGUCAGUGUGUGUGUGUGUGUGUGUGUGUGUGUGUGUGGGUGUGGGUGUGGGUGUGUGUGGCCUGGGAGUUCAAUCCAAACAAAACCUCCUGUCCAGUUUUGAUUUUCUCCGUGGAAUCAAUUAAGUCUUUCGCUACACGAUCAUUUUAAUCUUUUAAAGCUUAUAUAAAUCUUUGUUGUUCAACCUAAGUUCAAAUCAAUUUGGGAUGCUGAUAAAAACAGAAUCGGAUGGUUUGCAGAUCUUCUAAAACCUGUUAUUGAUUGACAGUAAAGACUAGAUAUGCAGUGUUAAAACUGAAACAUGUUAAGAGACCCAGAGAGUCUGCAGAAAUCUCUGCGCUAGGGCUAGUGGAAGCCAACACAUUGGCUCAAAAUCCUAUCCAAAAACCAUUGUCUUUAAACUAAGUCUGUCACUUCAUCCACAAAUACAGGACUAAACUGCAUCCUGCAAAGAUACCGAGGCUGUUGCAACAUAACGGUAUUGACGGCAACCAUCUUUACCCAGUUGUUGAAUAUUGAUUUUGUGCUUAAAAUCAGCAGACAGUGAUACCAUAAGUUCAGAGUUAAAGUCCUUUUCAUUGGCUGCCCCUUAGACUCCAGACUGUCUGUGAGCGAGCUCCAAACAGCCCUCGAAGAGAUGAUUCUGCACUUUUUUUGAUUCAGCAAUUCAAUGAUUGUUUAUAAAUCCAAAUGCAAUGUCAGAGUUUGUGCCUCUUCAGGUUGCUAACUUAUAAAACAGGUAUACUUCCUGAACGUUCUCCUCACUGCUUUCAUUUAGUUCCUUCACUCACAGUUAAACAGAAGUAGCUGAAGUGCAUCAUGGGUAUCUUCCACAUCAGUGAAGACUCCAUUAAAGCUGAACAAUAUCUACAGGUUUAGGAGCAACAUCUCCUGCCAUCCAGACAAAGACUUUUUCAGGGAAGACUUUCAAACCACAUUCUGACGACAGGGAUAACAACAGCAUGGCUCUGUAGUAGAAGGGUCCUGGUGCUAAACUGGCCUACCUGAAGUCUUGACUUUGGUACAUAAUGGCACAGAAAAUAAGACCCCAAGUAAUUGAGCAGCUGAAAACUUUCAUCAGGCAUGAACAGGUCUUUCAGAACUCUAGAAACUAGUCUCCUGGGUAGGGAUGGGCGAUAAAUGAUCAUUUACGAUAUAUCGUCAGAAAAAUCCUCCAUGAAAAAUAUGUGCCAUCUCAUGAUAAAUAGGGAUGGGAGGAAAAAAUCGAUACAGCAUAGUAUCGCAAAAUUUUGUCUGGUGAUAUAUUGUAUCAUCUCAUUUACCAAGUAUUGAUUUUUCAAAUUUGUGGUUAAUACGAAGUCAAAUCUAUGAUAAUGGAAAAAUAAAAUCAACUGUUUGUCCAGUGAGAUUGGCAGAGGUGACAUCAUAGAGCAGGAAAAAGUUAGUGCAACAAAUAUAUAAAAGGUCAGCCAGAUGUGCAACAUGAAAAUACAAUACAGCGUAAAUAAGUCGAAUGUAAAGGAGAGCCAAAUGCUAAAUUAGCCAAACAUUUGAAAAAAUUGUACAAAUCGCAAAAUAUUACAUCGCAAUACUCACUGCAUCACAAUAAUCACAUCGCAAUAAUCGCAAUAAUAUCCUAUCGGUGCCCAAGUAUCCUGAUAAUAUCGUAUCGUAGGGCCGCUAGUGAUUCCCACCCUUUAUGAUAAAUACGAUAAAUGCAAGUUGAUGAUGUAAGCGCGAGCAACGGACUUGCAGCCGUAGCCCACAGAGAGCAGAAUAACAAACAAACAUGGCUGAAGGUAAUGAAGAAGACGUUUCUGUGUAGCUCGUUAUCGAAUGAGGCUCCACAUGAGGGAUUCUCUUCAACACUGGGGUUUAGAUGAGCGCUAUCAUGUAUGCCUGACAUCAGACAGUGGAUCUACUGCUGUUCAAUAAGAGUUGAAAAUGUUUUCACAUUUGAGACUUGUUUGAUGUCAUUAGUUUUCUUCAUAACCUACCACUCAAACUUGUAGUUAAGUAUAUUAUUCGACAAGUCAAAAAUAUAGAAUGGAAUUAUAUUUUUUAUUGGGACUUUUAUCGUUAUAGCCAGAAUGGCAAAUCUUAUUGUGAUAAUUUUUUUGCCCAUAUCGCCCACCCCUACUCCUGGGUUUCGAGAGUGUUGUACAGGCGAUGCUGCCCAGCUGUCAUUACACCCCUCUCUUCCCUUUUCCUGGAAAUGUGUUGCUGGUAUCUAAUCUAAAGUGAGCUUGUCUCUCUCAUAAAGCAAUAAAACUUGUCAGUUCCAGCAUAUGAUAUGUUGUCUUUGCUUUGUUUUUAAUUAAUUACAAGCUGUAAAUGAUUUACAAAGAUUUUACACAGUAAAGCCUAAUUAGAGAAGCGGAAAAAAAGCAGGUUAUAUAGUUAUAAAACAUCAGGUUUGUGCAGCAAAGUAAUAAUUUAAGUAGCUGGGGAGGUCAUUUUCUCAUCAGCUAUUUGUAAUCAUCACUUUCAGAACCUGCCAAGCCUCAAAAAUGGCUCCCAUUUGGCCAUGUACGGGAUGAUAUAUGGAAUACUUAAACUGUAAUUACCCUGUGUUUAUUUUGUUUUGAGUGAGCAAUAAGUCUGGAUGAUAAAUCUUUAUGGUUGCGACAUUUUAGUUGGAAUUUUUGGUGGUUGGGUAAUUUACAGUGGAGCCAUUAAAGCGGCUCUAAAAGAGCAAAUUACGAUGAUUGAGCAGGUAGCAGCGCAGGGACUCUGUUGUAAAAACUUAGAGGGAGCUGAGAAGAAGAAAUAUCGAGAGUGUUUUUCUUUUUUUGUGGAUGUAGGAGGUGGCAAAAGAUGCACUCAGAUAUGACCAAAAAUCUGCACCGUGCAUCAUAAGGCUGAGGUGUUUGUUUGGAGGAAAUAAGAGCACAGAAAAGUGAGUGGGUUAGUCUGCAACAGAUUUGUUUUUGUUCACCAAAAUCCCCAAUUUGGCAGGAUGACAUGAUGCCAACAAGCUGCUUAAGUCCAUGUGACUUCACUUGAGGGCUCUGCUUGGCUUUUAAUUAGCGAGGGUAAAGCUAACCGACCCACAUGCAGAACAACAACACAGCGAGCCACUCCGUCAUGUGACUCUUGUGUUUUUUUUCCCCUCCAGCUGCUGCAGUCUCCUCCAAACAUAAGAGCGUGUUACUUUGGGGAAUAUUCCAGCAGUGCACUGUAGGCUAUCACCGCGUAAGUGCGCUGUGCAAAGACGAGCUGUCUGAUAAGAGGAGGUGAUGCAUAAUGAGAUUUCUAUGAAAAGCCUGUAAGACAGACUGAAAGAGAGAUAAGUUUAUCUUUCCGUUGUUAGAAACCUUCUGAUAACAAACAGCCCGCCUCAGCUUACGAUUUAAAACAUUUAGAACUUGAAUAUCAAAAAGAAAAAACAGAGGUAUGGAGAUUUUUCUGAACACAAAGCUGAUUUGAAGGAGCAACUUCUCAAGUCUGACGCAGACAAGCGAACCAGGAAAGGUUAUGGAAUUAUUAUCUGCAUCCGGAGACGCAUGAAGGCAGAGAAAAACAGAGGAGGUGUCAUGAAAAAGAAUGAGAGGAGAUGGAUCUGGAGGGAGAUGACACGACGGCUGGGAAAUAUUAUGCAGAGGCAGAUGUCAUGCAUGGCUGAGAGGAACAUCGAGGUAAACACGACGAGAUGUGCCGAGCAAAAAAAAACAGAAUCAGGAACGGCUGCAAAAAUAUAAAGAUCAAGAAAUCCUGGAAAACAACUUCUCGCAAUUCUCAAAGUGAGGGAGCAGAGAAUGAUAAUUAAAGCCGCUGUGAGGAGGUUUGAGGCAGACUGGAGGUAAUACUCGUGUCUUUAUGUGAGCGACGCAAGUAAACAAGACCAUCAGCGAGGAGAUUGACAUUGGGUCAGCAUCAGAAAAAGAGAAAACAGCACGUCGCAAACUGCUCUUUUUUUUACACUUCUAAGUAAAACAGGAGAAAGAGAUGUGUUUGAAGAAAAAAAAGAGCUUUUAUUCCAUAAGAAGACUGUAGGCCUCUAAUAAAUAUGAGCUUUUGCAAUGGAUGCCAAUACUGUGGUCCAGCUCAGCCUAUGGAAAUGUUUAUGUCAGGAUGCUUUUUAAUUUGGCUAACUGUUUCAAAGUUUGAACAACACCUAAGGAAGCAGAUAACUCUGCUGGUAGCUCAUCUAUAUGAAAAUAUGUCUAAAGAAGGGCUAGGCGAUAUGGCCUCAAAUCAAUAUCUCGAUAUGUUGAGGUCACCUCGAUAACGAUAAAUGGACUUCGUCUACUUCAGCCGCCGCUCCAGCUCCUACAACUUUUUGAACCGUUCUCCGUCUCUGUAAGCAUGCCUCGCCCAUGUUCACACUUUAAAAAAAUGGAGGGUCCACACGGAUGAUCAUUUUGACGAGCUUUACCGAUUGCAGAUUUGGGUUACAGCUUCAUUAUGCCACAAGUGUACCACAGAUUGGCAUGAGACCGUUCAAGAAUAUAUGGUCGUCCACGUUUCCAAACAUUCCGCUUGCAUCUUGUUGAGCUGAAGGAGAGUCAAUGUAGGGUGAUAACAAAGCACAACAUAUUUUGGGAGCCCGAGUGAUGUAAAACAUGGGUACAAGGUCCUUGUUGAGGAUAUUUGUCGGAGGCCCAUGGCUCUAGAAAUCUAGCACCAAAGUAUCUGAGGUAUUUGAGCGACACAGCUCCGCCACCCUAAAGGCUGACAUGACCGGCUAAAGAAAAUCACCCUAACAAUCUCCUCACCUGUCUUUCUCUCUUUGUUACGGACUGGAUGGGGUGGAGUCACGUCUCUGAAGUAGGACAGUGUCUUAAAGAGACAUGAGACCAUAGCCUACCUACACACAUCCAAAUAUAACUUUCAUUUAAUUAUUCAUUAUUUUGACACCGAAUAUACUAGUGGUGGGGGAAAAUAUCGAUUCUUAGAUGCAUCUCGAUUCAGGCAAGGACGAUUCUGAAUCGAUUCACAAACGUCCAAAUUCCGAUUAUUUAGAUGUUAAAUAACGUGAAAUAGGCGGAACGAAAAGGCGGAACUCGUGCAGCGCGUUGUCACCCGGCGGACACUUUAAGGGGAGCACAUAACAAAGAAGCAUGGCUGAGCGCGAGAUCCACCCUGCCCCUUCCGGAUUAAAAGCUAAUGUAUGGAAGAAUUUUGGCUUCUACAGAGUUGAGGGUGGACUUGAACUGGACAAGAGCCACACUAUAUGUAAACUGUGUCACUCCAAGAUAAAAUACUUUGGUAACACCACGAACAUGAGGAGCCACAUCACUCGUUUUCACCCGAACGAGGAGGGAAGAUGCCCGGCUGCUGUCGAGGCUACGGCUGCCUCCACCAAACAGAGAACAAUCGAGCAAGCAAUUACAAAGCUUCCCCCCUCAUCGGAAAAGGCGAAACGAAUCACGAAGUCCAUCGCUACAUUUAUUGCCAAGGAUUUACGUCCGUAAAAGCCAAGGAUGCUGCUACCUUUUGUUCUUUACAUGAAGUUGUAACUUUCCUGUUUACACAUUUCCACAAGUAUAAUAAAAGAUAGUGGAAAUUAAUUCAUUUAAUUGUUUCUCAUUAUUAAUAUUUUAAAAACACAAAGUGGUGAAUGGUUACACAGUGAGACAAAAAGAAAUGUGUAAUAGCUGGGGGGGGGAUAAUCGUUUCAGAAUCGAAUCGUAGCCCCUGAAUCGUAAUCGUAAUCGUAAUCGUAAUCGAAUCGUGAUGUGCCUGAAGAUUCCCACCCCUAGAAUAUACUGAUAUGGGCAAAAUGACGUUGGUUAUUGUCGUAAAUUUUGGUAUCGGUAAAUUUUCGUUUUAUCGCCCAGCCCUAGUCUAAAGUUGAGUCCACUGCAGAACUCUGGGUUCAAUUUAACUUCAGGCAUCUUUUUAGUUCUCGUCUAGUCCUAAAUUCACAGUGCUGGUCUGCUCCCUGUUUGGUGCUUCAGCCAUUCCUCUAUUUAAAUCAAGGUCAGCAUGAGUACAUUUUUACCUUCAUGGAUAUUCUACUGCGAAACCAACCAGAUGCAGCCAAAUUGUCUGACACUGUGCAGCUGUAAACACUUUCAUAUUGCAAAAAAAAAAAAAAAAAGCGCUGAUGGACAUUACCCUGAAAUAGCACAAAUGAGAUGUAUAAAGAAAGAGCUAUCAGCUGCUGUAUAAUUUUGUAAAAGGGGAGAAACGACCUGCAGCAGAGGCUCACGAGGUAAAACAGGUCACCCACUCAGAGACAAAUCCACGGUUUGUUCUCUGAUUCCUCGACUCUGCCUGUCUGUAUGUCCUUGGGCUAAACACAAAACCUAAAAUUGCUCCAGGAGGCGUUGGUGUGAAUGUGCAUUAAAGUUAGAACUUGAUAAGCUUCAGCCAUCAGUGUGUGAAUUUGUGUGUUAACGGGUUAACGGCGUGUAUCUAGAGUGCUCUUAGAGGUCAGAAGACGAGAAAGACGCAGUGGAAGUGCUGAGCAUUGGCUAUUUACCACGACGACAGCUCAAGAGGAAGCUGCAUGGGUGAAAACACUUUGAGAAAUGGACUCAGUAGGAGUAGAAAUCGGUCAAAAAUAGCUGGGAACAAGUACAAAUGCAUGUUGGACAAAGAGAAAGCUUUAUGUUACCUUUUGUUGAACUGCUGCUAAAAGGCUUUCUGCAGCUUGAAGCCACUCUCUUUCUGCUUUGGGGGGCUAAGAUAGCCUCUAUAACCCUGAACUCUGUGUCUGUAGGUGUACCCAGAGCUCCAGAUCACCAAUGUAGUAGAGGCCAACCAGCCAGUCAGCAUCCAGAACUGGUGCAAGAAAGGCCGCAAGCAGUGUCGCAGCCACAUGCACAUCGUGGUGCCCUACCGCUGUCUGGGUGAGUGUCAGACAUGCCUCCACUUCUUCCCUAGAAAGCAGCAUUCAUUUGUGUGUGGGUUUAGCUUUCUUUGAGUAAACAUGGAUGUUUAUUUUCUACUGCAGUGGGAGAAUUCGUGAGCGACGCCCUGCUUGUUCCAGACAAGUGCAAGUUCCUGCACCAAGAGCGCAUGGACCAGUGCGAGAGCCACCUGCACUGGCACACCGUCGCCAAAGAGGUACGAUAUUGACACAAACAAAAUAAGCUUCUGGUCAAGGCUUCCUGUUGUGUAAAAAGCUACUGGCUGCUCAAAAGUCUGCAAGCGAGUGCCGUGAUCUCAAUCUCUGAAAACAACACAGAGAUUUUCACUCUGGCUGAUUCUAGACUUCUGUAAACGGUGAUAAAUAACAAGUAGGAGAGGAGCGUCUGCUGAUGUAUUCAUCCGUCCCUGUCUGUUUAGUCCUGUGGAGACCGCACCAUGAAUCUCCACGACUACGGGAUGCUGUUGCCGUGCGGUAUCGACCGUUUCCGAGGAGUGGAGUUUGUGUGCUGUCCCGCCGAGGCCGAGCGCGAUGCCGACAGCGCCGAGCAGGACGCUGAUGACUCCGACGUCUGGUGGGGCGGAGCGGAGACCGACUACUCUGACAACAGGUACGCACGCGCACACGCGCACACUCACUCGAGGAUAAAUGAGGGCAGGGCUGUAGCGGAGUAAUACAUCAGCACUCAGAUGAUCCUCCACUUUCAUUUCCAACAUCGCCGCAAGGAUAAAAUUUCUCUCCUUAGAAGCAAACUGCGGCUCGGUUAUAAUUUAAAAUCUCUGUCCUUUUUUCCUCGCCAUCUAUCCUCGUCACUUCCUCAUCCCCUCCCCCAAUUUCUCUUCUCCAUAUGUCUUAACCCCAUCCCUCCUUUACCUUCAUCCCCCUCUCCUUCCUUUCCCCCUCCGUCCCUUUUUUCCUCUCCCAGCAUGGUCCGGGAGCCCGAGCCAGCAGAGCAGCAAGAGGAAGCCAGGCCAUCUGUGGUAGAGGAGGACAACCAGGAGGAGGAAGAGGAGGAGGAGGAGGAGGAGGUUGUGCCGGUUGAGGAAGACGAGGAGGAAGAGGACGAAGAAGAAGACGUGCUGGACAGCGACCGUGACGGAGACGGCGAGGAGGACGAGGAGGUGGUGGAGGAGGAGGACGAGGAGGACGAAGAGGAGGGAGAUGUCGUGGACCUUCUGGACGAUGACGCUGAUGAGCCGACCACAAAUGUUGCUAUGACGACGACAACGACCACCACCACUGAGUCAGUGGAGGAGGUUGUCAGGGGUGAGGAACACUUUUAACUUCAACUUCUGCUUCCUGUCUUCUUUCACACACAAUUUUGACAACUCACCAGGGUGCCUUGAGGUCCUUGAAAAGCCUUGAAAACACUCAAACUCAGAAAAUGUUAAUCAUCUGUCAGAUUCCCUUACAUUAAGACAAAUGCCGCACAUGCUCAGUGAUGCAACAUGAAAAAAAAACAUGUUUUCCCUCCAAUUUUUCCUGCUUUGCUGAACACAAUCGGACAUCAUGUUCCGUGUGCAUUAAUUUCCUGCUGUCAUUUUCCUUAUUGAGCUCAUUUAUCAUCUCUGAGCUUUCAUUAGCCACGUUCCAUUACAACCAGGAUUGGCUGUUCCAGUUUGGGUUCUUCCUUCUUGUGUAAAAUUGCUCCUAAAAACAGAUCAAGUAGUGUUAGUGGUGCUCAAAUCUUUACAGGGUUGCUCCUGUGAGGGGAUGUUUGAUAUUAAAUCUCCUGUGAUAGGUUUUUAGAACCAUAUGAAACAGAUUCAUUUAGGGACUUCAACCUCAAAACCAGACCACCAGCGUAUCGGAUGAGUAAUGUAAUCUAAUCAGGUAUCCUUUGUCCCCAAGUUACCCACUGGAGCUUUAAAACAUAGCUCUAAAUUUGGAUUUAAUAUGAGCUUAAGAUGAGCUUUUUUCACCCCAUUCUGCUUUUAGAUUGAUGAUAAAGUGUGUGUAUGUGUGUGUGUGUCCUCCAAGAUGUGUGCUGGGCCAACGCAGAGACUGGUCCAUGCCGGGCCAUGCUGCCCCGCUGGUACUUUGACCGCCAGGAGGGCCGCUGUGCUCAGUUUAUCUACGGCGGCUGCGGGGGCAACAGGAAUAACUUUGACUCAGAGGAGUACUGCCUGUCAGUGUGCAGCAGCGUCAGUAAGUCCCGCAGACAGCAGCUGAACCGCAACCAGCAGCUCACUUGGCUUGGUUGCAAAACUGUUGUCCACCUCUGGUUUGUGUGUAACCCUCACUCUUAACUCUGGACUCCUUUCAAACACAGGAUUUCAAACAGGUGGAUGCUGUUUUAGCUUCAGAUAAACACUUAACAGGAGGUUUUGGUGCCUGAAUGUGAGAUAACAAAAACAUUACAAAAAUGACGCCCUUCGUUGACCAUAUCUGGUGCAAUAUGAAGAUUAAAAACAGAGUUAAUCAAACUUCAUGUAUCAAAAAUAUGCAAGUGGAAGUACCACACAUAGGGAGAAGACAAAGAAUACACACUUUCUCACAGUGUGUAUUCUGCGCUCAGUGUUGCCAGAUCAGAUUGACAGUUUACAGCCCAGUCACAUCUUAGAACCAGCCCAAACCACGAAGUUGCCAGACACCCAUGUAAACCUGUAAAAUCAUAACACAUGCAAUAGAAAAUGCUCGUAAGUAACCAGAGCUUCAAAUAACCACACAUAAAUGAUAAGUAGGUUUUAAUUGCAACCAACAAGAGCGCAGUAAAUGACCCAUAUGAGGACUACUUGCAAAACAAUUUAAAACAAACAAAAAUGCACAAAGCGCCUCUUCCUGCCUCUCUUUUCCCCUCCUGGCUUUGCACACCUGUGGUGCUGAAAGACGCACAUGACCUGGCCGUACAGCAGCUUUACAUUGAGAUUUCAAACACACAACCACGAAAAACUAGUUUUAAAAUAAACCAGCAAAUGCUAAAAGUGGGCUACAAAUCAGUCACAGUGCAAAUAAGAUAAGGUGACAUAAAAAAUCAUCUUAACUUUAACGCAGAAUCAGCGUCUUUCCAUUAACUGGAACAAUAUUGAGAACAAAAAACUUUUUACAGUCACUGGAGGCCAGGUCGGCUGGCUGAUACAUGCAAGAAUCAAACCUCACCAACAACUGUCAGUGUAUUUAUUUAACUAUUUAUUUAAAAGAAAAAGAGAGCUGAUUUCACAAUAUUAAAAAACUCGCCAAACGUGGACAAAAGCAGCCCAAAUUUUAUUCACCCGUCCAAGGUAUUUUUCCCCGCCUGAUGUAAACGAAAGUAGCCCAAUCUGGCAACACUGACUUCGCUGCAUUAAAAAUAGACACGGCUCUGUAGUGUGAGUCAACGCAUGGGCUCAGAAUUACGUUCAAAAAACCUUCAACUGUAAACAGUCGAUCCCAGAUGUUGGUCAAAACUCAAGAAACCAUGAAUAGAGGUGUACAUCUCUGUUUUCAUCCUUAAACUUGCAUUACACAGCGCCACACCAUCUGACUGAGUGGCAAACUAAACUAGGGUCAUGUAAUUUAACUACCAUCAUCAUAAUCUGGAGGAUAAUCUCCUUUAAAUUAUGACUCAUCUUGUAUUAUAUUGGUUACAAACGAAGUCUGUUUUGAUUCAAUCUGAUUCCAUGACUAAAUAUUAUAAUCAUAUUGAGCGAACGACAGCAGAAAAGCAAAAUUAGAGUUAUGGUAUGGAUCAAGAUUUCUCUCUUUAGUCAGUUAAAUUUAAUUUAAAUGAGGCCUGAGGUUUAGUCUUGUGUCUAAGAUAAAAAGAGGCUCAGUGAAUGUCUUUUAUUUAGAUAACAGUUUGUUAUCUUAUCUGUUAAAGUGUUGAAACCAUCUCUUUAAGGUACCAUGAAAUGCUGUGUUUUCAAGGAGUCCCUUUUUUCUACCUGAGCCGUCUGAUAUUAACCGCCACUCAAACGUUCCUCGCUUGGUGUGCUUCUCCUCCAGCCUCCCUGUCAGCUCCGUUUCUGACUAACCUUUACUUUAUCCCUCACCGUCUGUGUGUGUGUGUGUGUGUCUGUCUGUCAGACAAAUAAAUGUGUUUGCAUUGAACACAAACUCUACCUCUCCUGUCAUCCCUGGUGGAUUCUCAAAACCUGACCGUCUGUACUCCCCGUCUGCUUGUUGGUGGGAGAUGGUAGAUGGAGGGGAGAUGCAGCAUUUUCUGUGCGAGACACAGCAAUAAAAGUAAAUCCCGUAAUACAGCGUGGCCAUUAUGUUUCCUCAGGGAGUAGAAUAUCUGGUUAUGUUUGUCUGAAUAUCAGAUUCAAGUUGAAUUUCUAUUAAAAUUAAGCAGUGAGACAAAACGUUAAAACCUCCCUGGAUCUUUUAGAUACAGCGGCUUUAUUUUCAUGCACAAUUUGCUCCGGAUCAUGAACAAGAUUCUCCAGGUUUUUCUUGGAAGUUGCCAUGGUUACACCGUUGUUUCCCUACGGGGGGAUAUGUGCAAACUGCUUCGAUUUGUAUUAUUGCAGCUGUUUCACGGACAUCGCCUUAUAUACUCCUUUAACAUGAAUCCGAGCCGUGAAAUCAUCCAGGCAGGAAUUACUUCACAAUAAUCCUCACCUCGCUGCACAUUAUCCCUCGACAUCCCUGACGUGUUGCUUACACUGUGGUUAACUCGCCACAUUCGCUGAAAUAAGAAUAAAUUAUGCUGCGGCAGUUUUUAAACAUGUAGGCAGCGGCGAGAAAAACUCAUCAGUGCAUUAUUACACGUCCUCGCAGCACACCUGCCUGCUCGACCACGUUGUUAUGAUUGAUUAGAAGUGGAAGCAGUGGAAAUGAGGAGGAUAGCUCAAUGAUUUUUACACCCAGUUAUUCUGUUUGGCCAUUAAAAUUUUCUAAUUACACAGCCUCUAAAGGAACCGUUAUUUAUUCCUCGCCUCUUUCUCCUGAGCUCGACGUGAUCGUUCAUUCACAAAGAUCGGUUAUUUCCUCAUCUCCAGGUGACUCUGUGUGUGUAAGUGUUUGUGGAUGAAGAGUGGAAGGCGGUGUAAGCGUUUGGCUCUGAUGCUGAUUUCAGCGUUGUGUAAGGUUCACUGACCUUGCUCGAUGUGUGUGUGUGUGUAUGUGUGUUUGUGUGUGUCAGCCGUAAGCCGCCCUGCAGGAAAAUGGAGUCAUGCUAUCGCCAUCUCCCUAUACUUUGAUCUAAUUUUAUCCAUGGUGUGUGCACAAGCGUGUGUGUUUAGGUGUGAAAGUGCGAGUGGAUGUGUGUUUAAGUGAUGCAGUUUUGCUCCGCUGAGGAUUAUGAAGGUGAGAAAGGCUGCAGUGAUUUUAUUUUUUACCCUGACUCUAAUACAGAAACCCACGGACACAUACUGUGGUUACAUAUGUUAAUUUACAAACAUUAACAACCCAGCUGAUCAUUUAGUCAUGUGAUUUUGACCAAUCAGAAUCAAGUAUUUACCCCCGUCCAACGUUAAAGUGAAAUAAAAUCAUCACAAAUACCAUCUGAAGAGCAUAAAUGUGUGAGUUUAUGGAUCAAAACUGGGCUGAGUGUUGUUUUAGCAUCUAUUUCAGAUGAAGAUGCCUUUUGGUUUAAGUUGAAUUUUAGCCAUUUUUGCCCUCUGCAGUCAUGGUCUUGACAAGUCAAAACAUUUUGUGUCUUCGAUGAAUCAAUCAGAUAUUGGUAUAAAGGUUUUACCAGGUGUAAAAAUCUUAACAUUCCUCUAAUACCCCAUAGUUGUCUGUUAUUUUUGCACGGUCUAAAAUUAAUUUAAUGGGCUCUAUAUUCUUGCCCGCUGGUGGUGCGGUGGAGGGUGGCGGACCCCGCGCAGUGGUAUUUUCGUCUGGCAGAGCCCGGCGCACAGCCGUUUGGUAUUUUCUUGGACUGAGGCGCACGGAGGUCCGCCAAGCUGGGCGUGGUGGCGCAGUAGGGGGAGGUGUCUUCAGCCAUCUCUUGAUCUCUUUGACUACUUCACGAAAAUUGUAAUAUGCCUCACGGUGGCGGAUUUAAAGGUGAGAAGAGGAACUGAUCUGAUUGGUGAAAACAGGUCUCGACUGUGUUAAACCCACUCCACGCCUUUUCUCCACUCCCUUGAAAACGCUUUUCUGGUCCGAGUUUGAUCAGCUGGUCUUCCUGUCAGCGUGAAGACCAGUAGCCUACAGUAUACCUAUAGUAUAUAGUAUACAAGAAUUUUAAAUAUCGGCCAGUUAAUCGGUAAUCAGAUUUCCCCCCCCCUAAUAAUCCGUAUCGGCAUCGGACCCAAAUAAUCCGUAUUGGUCGGGCCCUAAUAUUAAGUGUCAAAAAAUAAAUAAAUAAUAAAGCUGGUUUUGGAUGUGUGUAGGUAGGUCAUGUCCCUUCAAGACGCUGUCCUAUGUCGUAGAUGUCCGUAACAAAGAGGGAAAGAUGGGUGAGGAGAUGGAGGACAGUUCAAAAGUUGUAGCAGCUGAAGUAGACAAAGUUAAUGUGGGAGGGGGGUGAGCAUUUUGUGGAGUAGUUAUCGUCCUUUUAUCGUUAUCGUGGUGAACUGCUCAAUAUAUCCCAAUUUCGAUUUGAGGCCAUAUCGCCCAGCUCUAUAACAGAUGCAGCACAUAACGGAGGAAAUCUGUUUUGACUUUGCCAAUUUGGGUGGAAAGAAGAUAACAGACUGACUGGUGAUGUCCAAGACUUUGUGGCCUACCUGAACUAACACUUUGCUCAGUUGACAUGUAAUGCAGCUCGAUAAAUAUCUUUCCUGUGGAGGUCUGAAAAGUAAACUUCACUCUGUUUUUGAGCUCAAUCGGAUUGAUCUUGUUGCAAAAACAGAUGUUACAAUCAAAACUUUAAAUGGAAUUUUUCGAUGCGGCGAGCGCUGCAAUCUGAUUUCAAUUUGCCUAAAAUUAACUGAAGCACUCAGACACCUGAAAUGGUCUGUAAAGCAAACCAAAUCUGUCAACAGAAAACCUUUUAAUAUUACGGUGUUUAGUGAACCUUUAAAUGAGGCUAACAAAAACAUCGGUCUCGGGUCAGAGUGAAAAACACCUGAGUUGUUUUUGAGUCCUGUGCAGUCAUGCGCCGCCGUCAGACAUAACCGAUUUCACAUGACGAGCGACCUUCACGCAUGCACACACUCUCGCUCACACACAAGCCGGCCACUUUUGAAGCACACUCCAGAAAGAUAAUCAACUUUCCUCUGAUUAAAUUCAAGUUUCACGCUGUGUGUGGUGCAAUUAUAUUUUAUACUGCGAGUCUAGAGUUGAGUCUGUGCUUUUUUUUAAUCCCACAGGAAAAAAUCAGACAGCUGAAUAAAGUUAUAUAAAUGAAAGACGGGUUUUUAUCCUUCUUUAACAAAAGACUCUGGGUCAUCUGAGGCAUUCACUUGUUUGUUUUUCGAGGGUGUUGGUCUCCAGCUCCUAUCCUGUUUUCUUUCCCUCCUGGUUUUCCCCCUAACCCUAUUAACCCAAUCCAGACUCUGUGUGUUUUGUCUUUGUGUGCCGAGGAAAUAAAGCCAGUACCAAAUAAAAUAUGAAGCAAUUAAGAGAUGCGUCACUGAGAGUCCCUCUGUUCUUUCUCUGCCUCCUGUUUAUGCAGUUCCCACAGCCACACCCAGCUCCCCUGACGCCGUCGACCACUACCUGGAGACGCCUGCCGACGAAAACGAACAUGCCCACUUCCAGAAGGCUAAAGAGAGCCUGGAGGCAAAGCACAGGGAGAGGAUGUCCCAGGUAAUCAAAACAGGAUGAAAACAAUAACAUUGUAUGGACCCCUGCUUCAGAAGCCCCACCCCUUUUUUAUUUUAUUUUUCUGAAAAUUCCAAUAGUGCUCCAAAGGUUAAACUAUUUUCAUCUGAGAGUGCUGUGGGAUGAGACAGCUGAAGCCGAAUGUCUGUAGGUGCUAAAAAUGCUUUUGUAGAAAAUGGUCACUGCUGUCAGUGGACACAGGCCCUAGAAAUGUAGCUUUUAACCUUGGACUCGAGUUGGUUUUGAAAGCUCAGUGUAACCUCUCUUUCUGGUUUAAAAAAGCAUUUAACACCGCCAAAAACUCCUUCUUUACUAAGUCCUCUCUUUUAUUGGGUUCAAUGUCAAAAACAAGCUCUUUUCAAGGAUGCACUUUCAUCAGGAGUGGUUGUUGUUUGAAGAUGCAGCAGUGCCGCUUUUUUGACUGCUAUUGGCUGAAUGGAUUCCAACCUUUUUGCUCUGUUAGGGUCUAAAAUGUUAAAAUGAACCAGUUGAAGAUAGUUCAUCUUAAAGUCACAGCCUGAAAAAAUGAUCAUACAUGUUUGAGCGUGAGCGAGCUUGAGGAAUGUUUCGUAGCAGGAGAAAGGACGGGGAUAUUUCUAAGAGUCUAAAAUGGAGGCAGAAAAGGUGUAUGAAGUAAAACCAAUAGGUGCGGCAGGUUGUUAAUCCCCCUCGGGUGAGGCAGCCGAGCCGAUUCGACUUUAAUUGUAUUCUUUAAUCAAACAGCUCGCUCUUCAGAAGAGAGCCAGAUGGUCCACAGCACAGUUUUCACAGUUUUCAAGGCUUGCAGAUAAGAACACAAAAAUCCUUGUAGAGCUUUUUUUUUUUUUUUUUUUUUUUAGCUGGUUUAUGAGCCGCUUCAUACAGCCAUGUUUGGGUUUGUGCGUGGGUUUCUAUAGGCGCAGUAUCGUCUGGUUUCACACAGCUGACUUCAGCCUCACACGUACUGUUCAGUCAGACUCGAGCUGAAUUAGAGAAUCCACACAGUGAGUCAGAGAGGACAAACUUAAAUAGGACGCACAGUCAUCUUUACAAGAUGUAACCGAACAAUGAGGGAACAGAGAGAGUUUGUUUUGGAUUUUUGUCUCUUUAUCACUCUUAAAGCAGAACCUCCCUCAGCAUCGCUCUGAAUCUCACAGAGCUGCUCACACAAACUGGAAACAUCUGAUUUCUCUCCUCUGCUGCCGUGAUUUCAUCUUCUCACAGUGUGUCAGAUUUUCUUCCAUUCAGGCAGCCGUGAAAAGAUCAGAUCCACGCCACAAAGAGUAACGAGAUGUUUCACUCGAGUGUAAAAUCAACCUGUGAUUGAACCUUCGCGAAGAUAAAGAAGAUUGGCAGGUUUAAUCAUUGUUUGCCUCCUUUUUUUCUUAUGCUCAGGUGAUGAGAGAGUGGGAGGAGGCCGAGAGGGAAGCGAAGAGUCUCCCACGUGCCGACAAGAAGGCUGUGAUCCAGGUAAAACAUGCACACAUAAAACUGGAAAUGCACCAGUUUCCUUGAGUGUUGUGGUGUUUUUAAACGGGUUUCCGUGUGUGUGUGUGUGCAGCGUUUCCAGGAGAAGGUGGAGGCUUUGGAGCAGGAGGCAGCCAGCGAGCGGCAGCAGCUGGUGGAGACGCACAUGGCCCGAGUGGAAGCUUUGCUCAACGACCGCCGCCGCCUGGCUCUGGAGAGCUACCUGACCGCACUGCAGCAGGACCCACCCAGGGUGUGUUUGAAUCUCUUUCAGAGUCACUUUCCUCUGUGGUUUGUGUCCCGCAAACUCGAGGUGACUCCUUCAACCCUUUAAAACAGGAUAGUUCAGGUCAGGUCUGAAAUAUACGUUUUUAUGGUUAUUACAGGAAGUGUAGGCCUCUGUUUUUAAUCUCUGCACUCAGCGGUCGAUUAAAACUCAAGACUUGUUCUUGUUUGUGUUUGACCAAUCACAUAUCAUAAACAGCACAAACAGCAGAGAGCAGAAAACAGAACUCAGCCCUGUUGGUUGUAGUCUUAAGGAAAUGUAUUCAUUUUCUUAAACAGCAGACGCAGAUCUGGAUCCAAAUUUCAACUUGGUGCUGUAUCAGGGACGCUGAUCAGCAGUCUCUUACUCACUGAAAUCCUGCGACAACUUGGAAACAAACAUCUGUUUCCAGUCGUGGCCAAUAUGUUCUUUAGUUUUUUUAAGAUUUAUUAUAACCAUUCACCGACGUCUUAUUUUCUGGUUAAUGCAACAGCAGUUUGUCUUUCCAGGAGUCCCAGUUUGGUUGAUUUCUCUGUUUCAUACAGGACGUACAAAAGCAAGACUGGUCCCAACACGCCAACCUGAGGACGUCCUUUAGACCCACAUAGACCGCAGUCAGCUGUUAGAGUCUUUGAAUUAAUGUGUUGAUCGAUUUAUAUACUUGUUUUUGAUCAGUUAUGAGACUUUUCCUCAAAGUGUUGGCAAAGUCGAUGCCGUGCAUACAGGUCACGACUUGGUUAGAGUUAUACUUUUAGAUAUAUUUUGGAUUUUAUCGUUUUUUUUAAACACCCAUAACUCACAUCACAGUUUUAAUUUUCUCAUGGCUCACUAUGAUUGUUGACUUACGUAACCUUAAAGCUCAUGUUAGACAAACUGCAGGGAUUUAAAGCCUUUGAAAAUACGUCGCAAAUGCUGGAAUACUAAAACACUCAAACCAUUUCUAGUAGAGAUUUUACCGUGUUUAUCUCUCAUGUUUAUAAUCUGUUUUGUUGAUCCUUUGUGUGAUUCUUUUGUCCUUAAAAACAGUCAAAUAAAAGCAGCUCUUUAUGCAACGUAAGCUGUGUAAAAUCAGCUAAUGCUCUGAUUGCAAUCAGCAGAAUAUUUUCCCUGAACUCUCUCCAGUGAUUGAUUUUGGGAUUUGGAUCAACAUCGUAUUUUUACAAGUUUCUUUUGUUUACGAUCCAGGCUGUAUCUAAAUAAAUCUGUCCUUCCUCUGCUCUGAACCAUCUGUCUUCUCCUCUCUCUCUCUGUCUGUCCUCUGCAGCCUCGCCACGUCUUUACCCUGCUGAAGAAAUACGUGCGUGCCGAGCAGAAGGACAGGCAGCACACCCUCAAACACUUUGAGCAUGUCCGCAUGGUGGAUCCCAAGAAGGCUGCACAGAUCAGACCUCAGGUAGAAACACUCACAAGCGCAGGCGUAAACUCAGAGAAUAUCAAAAUACAUCAUGAAUGAAUCAUGAAUUCUUCUGUGCUUGUGUGUGUGUGUAAAAGGUGCUUACCCACCUUCGUGUAAUUGAGGAGCGUAUGAACCAGUCUCUGGGGCUUCUUUACAAGGUGCCCGGUGUGGCCGACGACAUCCAGGACCAAGUCGGUGAGUUUGUCUUUGUGACAUUGAGAGACCCACUCUGAUAAAAAUCAUGCUUUUCUUGUUGUCUACAUGUUCAUAUGGCGUUUUUCUGAUGCUACGGGGCAUAUCAUGAGAAAACUAAAUGUGAAAUGGCACUUCUGAGUAUUUCUGCAUUCAAAUCGCUGUGAAUCUCCCAAACGGCAGAAUCAGAUUCAGUGAGAUUUCCUACGUAGCAAAUCCAAUCGCAGAACAAGAGUGAGCAUUAGUGGAUUGCAAUACUCGUAAGAAAGCUAUUAAUGCAAGUUUUCAUCAUGCCCCUAAAGACAUUCGUGUCUGAGGGCUGUAUAGCUCCUAUGUUCCCUGCCACUUCUGCUACACCGGCAAUGUUAGGCUACAAGCUAACGCGAAGAGAAGUGUGCAAAGCAGCGCUGUCUCCGCCCACGACUCAGAGGCGAACUGCAGAAAAAAAGCCCUUGAAAAUGACACAGGUAACGUGAUUUUGGCUAAAAACUUCAUAAUCACAAUUUAAAGCCCACUGAGAACACUAAAAGUAGAAAAAAAGAUGAUUGAAGUGGGACUCUAAGACUCUGAAACCUCUCAUUUAUCUAGUGCUGUGAGGCGGCUUUAUAUAGUUAUAAAGUAGUCUCAGUUUAAUACUGACGCCCAGGUUUUCCUAUGUCCGAUUUCUGCAUUCGCCAUUUUACAGUCAGGAAUCUUUCAAGCUUAAAUGAACUUCUUUAUCACUGUGCAACCUGAAAACAGCUUUCCUUUCAAAAAUGAAAAUAUUAUCCCACCAGUAAGGGACGCGUCGACAAAGACAGACUCGGCCAUUUAUUAAUAAUAAGCAUUAUUGCUGCAGUGAUAAUAACUGCAGUUCCUUGAGUGGCCACUUGAGGCUGGCACCAAAAGCCCUGAAGGUGUUGAUACGUUAUAGAUAUACAUAUACAUACCACAGAUUGUAUGUACGUUUGCACUGGGUUUCGCUGCUCCUGCAGGAUCAAUGCAGCGCCUUACAUUGACACUGCGUGAAUGCUCCACCUGCUGUUUACAACACUGUGGAUCUAUAACUCUAGAAACUGGCUAAAUUAAUCUGGAUAGUUUAAGAUGAACACAUUUAUAACAGCAAGCGAAUUUUCAGCAGACUUCAGUACAGUCUGUGGUUGGAUUUUAAAACUUCACAUUGGGUGGCAUCACAGAGAUUUGGAGGAUAUAUAAAAGCUGAGGGAGUUAAGAGCGGAAAUCUGACUUGAACCACAUUCUGUGACAGUAAUUCUGACAUGGCCCUCCUGCUGACUCUGACACAAGAGAUACAAGGAAAGACAAACUGUCCUCAUUGUGCUGCAUGUAACUGAGAGAUUGAACACUCCGAAUUUCAGUCUUUUUUUUUUUUUGGAACAGAUAAGGACUUGGGAGCCGUUUGGCCUAAUUCUUCUGUUCCGAGUCAAAUGAAACCGUUUGCUGGAAGAUAAAUCCCCUCCCUUCCUCUCCUCUCCUCCCUCUCCACCUCCCAGUGUUUGCAAGGUUUCUGUGUGUUUUUUUGGGUUCAUUGGAGGUGCCUGCGUCACACGGCCAUCUGUGUCUCUGUCUCAGAGACUGUCACAGUCUGUGCUGACCGGCCAAACACACACACAAACACACACGCACACUCUCACUCAUAGAAGAAAAGGCUCAGUUCAGUCAGCACUCUGUCAGGCGUCAGGUCUGUUCAGGAGCUGAGCUAAACAACAUUUCUGGGUCUCCUCUGGUUCAGACACAGUUGAGCUGGCAGACAUGAGCGGCUGAAAAGGAAAACCAAAACAGAUUUAAGCCUGCUUUUUUCUGCCAUAACCAGUAGGGGGCGCCUCUGCUGGUUGCAAAAAUAAAGUAGUAAAAAGAUGGCCCCACUGUUCAGUUGAUUUAUCACAUCAGCAAACAUUUUCCAUGUAAGAUUAUAACCGAAGAUACUACUUUUAGGUCUUUUUAGAUAAAAAAAAAGACAUCAUUCUCCAUUUGUCCUCAUUGUGUCCCUUCAGAGCUCCUGCAGAGGGAGCAGGCGGAGAUGGCCCAGCAGCUGGCCAACCUGCAGACAGACGUGAGGAUGAGCUACGGGAACGACGCCCUGAUGCCCGAUCAGGAGCUGGGAGACGGCCAGACCGAGCUGCUGCCCCAGGAGGACACGUUGGGCUUCGGGGGAGUCGGGUUCAUCCACCCUGAGAGCUUCAACCAGCCCAACACUGACAACCAGGGUAUGGAGUUACAUUUUACCACACUUUAGCUGCAGGGAUGGGAGCUGGCUCCUUCACCUCUACGUUUCUGUAGCUGCUCCCUGAGUCCCAUCUCUGAUCAAAAUGAAAGAAAAUGUCAAAAGCAAGAAAAAUGCAUAAAGUGAAAUUCCUCUCUCUCUGUCUCUUUUUCUUCAGUUGAGCCUGUUGACUCUCGCCCCAAUCUUGACAGAGGUAUCCCCACACGAGCAGGUUGGUGACGCUCCUCUUUAAGUUAUCUGGAAGUAUUAUGAAAACCAGAUCUCUACUGGGUUUAAUGUGUAUAUGCAAAUAUUUACAAGAUUCCUCUAUAUAUAUAUAUUCCUCUAUAAAAGCUCUGUUUUUCAGAGUAAUAUUUUUUUCUGUUCUGUUCUUCGUACUAAUUUUUUUUCUAUUUUUCUGUUUUUCAAAGUAAUUUUUUUUCUUCUAUGUUUGUCUGAAUAUUUUCCCCCCUGUUUUUCAGUCUAAUUUUUAUGUUUUUCAGACUAUUUUGUUUUGUUUUAUUUUUCAGACUAGUUGUUUUUCCUCUUCUCUCAUUUAAAAACUGACGCUUUCAUCCCCCUCUGCUCGAUUUAUUGGACGCAAACAUGGCCCACUUGUUUAGUUUAAUCAAGUUUUAUUUUCUUUUGGAUUUGAGACACUGGGAGAUACUCCUUCAUUUAAGUCAGAUAGAUGUAAUCGUCAUAAAUUUGUCUACUUUGCACAGGCACCUCAGGAUUUACAUACCCUAUGGUUAACUAAUAACAUGCUUUACUCUCAUUGACCCCGUAGCUGAAGUUAUCUAGGAGCUGGAGAAUCCGCUGAUUUGGAGAAGCUGCGGUGGUUAAUGUUAUCUGAUUGUAUGAGAUUUUCACAGGAUUUUGAAUUAUCUCGCUCAGUCAGGAAACAGAAAUAGUACGAAAAAUAGAAAGACGGGAAAAAAAGUACUAAAAGUAGAAUAAAAAUUUGUCUGAAAAACAGAAAGAGGGGAAAAAUAUUAGUACAAAAAAACAGAAGAAAAAAAUAGUCAGAAAAACAGAAAGAAGAAAAACAAAAAGUCAGAAAAACAGUCUCCAUUUUGUUUUUUUGUAAGUGAAGGCGCUACGCUUCCGUAACUACCAACCCACAGACCUGUCAUAAAAGUUACCCUUCCAGCACGUGUUUGUUCUCAUUUGUUAACAGUCCAGAUAAUCUGAUUUACUGGCGGUCGCUGACAUGAGAACAUAUAUUAGCAUAUGUGCAUAAUACGUCCAUUGUUAGCCUCUGUGCAUCUCUGCCAGCGCUGUAUAUAACUGUAACAAGGAUUCCUUUGUUAGCUCUGUCGCUGCAAACACUCUCACGCCUCCGUCUUAACCAUCAUUCAAACAUCUAUAAAUAGAAACCUAUUAACUUUAAUGUAUGCACUCUUUAUGUAUACAGUGAUGGAGUGUUAGCCCAUUGGAAUUUUAUGAGUCUUUGUUGUAUUUAUUAUGAAGGCUCCCUUUAUUUAUUUAUGCUGUUUUUUUCACUCCAAACAUAAAUAUUUCCCCCCAGAGUCGGACCGCAGUGUUGUGGACUGAAUGUUGAACUUUUAAUUGGGUCUUUUAAGCUUUUAUUUUAUUCCAAUCUACUAUUUUACUGUAAAUAUGCAGUUUAUGAAUUGUUGUAAGGCAGAAUGUGGACCCUUUAAGCCCCCGGCUGCAUAUGUUGGAAAUGGACUUAAACAAAGUGAAUUAAUUAUUACGCCCCCAUACUGCAAGAGGGGAUUAUAACUUCUUAACAAGGUCCAUCUGUGUUUUUUCUUUAAUGAGUUUUAAUGAAGAAAAGACACAAAAAUACAGAAAGAACCAAACAGGACUUACAUUAAAUCAACUAAAAUGUAUACGUGUAUUUAAAUUUAUACACAGCUCCAAAUUCAUAAAAGUUUGUUAAUUUAUUUUCUCAAAAAUAGUGCAAAGAAAACAAAUCAGAUGUUAAAACUGAAAACUGCAACAGAUUUGUAACAUGACGAGACAUUAAAAGAGCAUUUAGAGAGUCUGAGUCUCUCAGAAGAUUGAAAGAUUAUCACCACUUUGUGAGAAACUGCGUGAACAAAUGGUUCAACAAUUUUGGAAUAAUGUUCCCUAGCAUGAAAAAGCGAAGAAUUUGAGGAUUUAUGCCGCGUUCCAGUUACCUCAGAAGUCGGAUGUUGGAGCUGGGAAUGACGUUACACCCGAGUUGACGUCGUUCCAGUAAACAAGUCGGAAAACCAAGAUGGACGCCUACUGUUAGACGUUUUUAGCUGUUGUUAACAACUGUCAGCUGCCAUUCGCGGUUGUUAGUUGUUAACAUCAUAGCACCGUGUUCACAAUUAGACGCUGGGCAGUACAAUAUAUACCACUUAAUUGAUUUCACAAAAACAAAACAGAAGUGCUAAUAAAUAAAACAUUUAUUUGGAGCUUUCACUGUUGCUCUUUGCUGUUGAUGCACUGCGCUGCCAUCUUGGAUUAUGACGUUGUCGCCAAGUCGGGAUUUUCCGAGUUGGAAAUCCGACUUCAGGGGUGCAUUCCAGAUGAAUUUCCGACUUCUGAGUACAACUGGAACGCAGUAUUAGUCAUCUGCAAUACCUAAUAUCACUAAAAGAUUGAACAAAUCUGGAGAAAGCUCUGUACUGAAGGUGACUCUGUGGGGAAAUUGCCGCAUGGCACCAGCAUCUUCUCUGAGCGUGAGCCUUUUAAAGAUGGACUGAGACAAAACAGUGGACGCCACAGUCCCCACUCUUAGAGGAGAGGGACUCAAACAUCUUCAGACUGUUGUUAAAUGAAGAGGGGAUUAAACAGAGUGAUACACAUGUUUCUGUUCCAGCUAACUCUGCUAACAGUAGCCACUCUUAGCUAACCAUUUUGAGUUUCCUUAAAUUGGGCUCGUUUUGGACAGUUUUCUUAUCUACAGAUGGCUUUAAAGAUGCGAAUGUCUGAUCAUCUACUUCGACAUCCCCUGGACUCGUCAAGAGAAGCCUUAAAAUGUCCUGCUGUACUACUUUUAGAGACCAGACACCACAAAAAAGCCUGUUCUCUGUGAGCAGAGUGUUUUUCUGCUGUGAUAUGGCUUUAGAAAUAAAAUCUGAUGAUCUAGCACAGAAACGCUGUGAAUAAACACAUGAAUACAAGCUUUAAAGCCUCUCUGUAACAGCGCAAGCUCUGCUCCCUCCUUGGCACCUGUCUCAUGAAAUGGAUGUUGAAAAUCUUCUUUUGUUCCUCACUUCCUGUCGAAGAGAAAGUAUGUGCCGGGGUUAAGUUAGGCCGUCUCUUAAAAUACAUCAAGACGUGUUUUUGAAGCAGACUGGAAGUCAAAUCAGGACAGUAUUUCCUCCUCUCAGGCUUUAUUAGCACAAAACCAGCUCCUCUUGACCUGUGCUGAGGCGCUGGAUGUUAUUAGGAGUUCUUCCUAUACGAACCGAACUGUAUAUGCUCCUCUAUGUCUGGGCUUUACUCUUUUCAUACUACUGCUAAGCUGUCAGUCCUGCCUGAGCGAGCAAGUUUGAUUCGGUGGUGGGAAAGCGUCUUGAGUGUCGCCAUGUAUAAUAGAUUGUACUUUUCCCCCCUUCUCCUGCCAGUGACUGGAAUGAAGAUGGAAGCUAUUCCCGAGCUGCGGAUGGAGACAGAAGACCGACAGAGCACCGAGUAUGAAGUUCACCACCAGAAACUGGUAAACAAACACACACCGACACGAAGAGGAGAUAUGCGGAGCUGCUGAAUUAUGCAUGUGUGCAGUUAAUAAAAGAAGAAACAGAGAAACGAAUGCGCAACCCUGAGUUCACACAUACAGUCAGCUCCAUACUUCCACAUUUGUCCGCCCAAGGUUGUCACCAUGGAGACAAGUGUCCAGAGACGACGACAAUAAUGCAUGCGUCACGCCUGUCUGCCUCUCUCUGAAGCUCCCUCUCCCCUGACGGUUUCCUGCCGUCAUAUCUGCACAUAUGUCCCUCAUCAGCCGCUCCGAACGCCACAGGACUCUAACCCAGCUCCGCAUUCAUGCGUUAAUCUCACGCCAAAUUGUAAUUCCAGCACAAAAACCCCUCAAUCCACCCUCAGUCAAAUCCAAAUCCACGUACUUUAUUCCUCUCACCUAACGCCUUUAAUCUCUUAAUCCGUACAUUUUAUUACAUAUCACAUUUCUCACGUUCACAAUAAGCAGUCGGCGUGUCCUCCUCAGCUCGCCUCCUUAAUUCGAUAUUCAACGUAACCCCAAUCGGCGUUCCACAGGAUUAAUCUAGAGGAGGCUGAAAUUAAGUCCCCACUCACUGCGGCGAAGUGUGGAGAUGUCAAGAUGUGUUUUUCGUUCGAUUAUCCGCUCUUUAGAGGUGUUUUAAAGUUCGUCCCAGCUGACUACGUCUUAUCAAAAGUGUUGUUUUCCUCCCUCCACAAGACAUCAUCUUCCUCUGUUUAUUUCUGUUUCAAACCUGCAUAAUCCCUGACUCCACUCUAAGCCCUUAUUUGUUUUUUAUUAUAUAUAUUUUUAAUCAUCAUUGUUGCCGUGCAGCUGAGUCACUCUGCAUCACUUCAUGUCUGACUCCUGGUUUUAUAAAGCGUCUCGCAACUACAGGAAGAAACUCUCCUCCAGGAUAUUUCCCCUCAGUCUUUGUUACCGCCGUGUCCUCUUCUUUAGAGCAUCUUUUUAACCCUGCAGCUGUUUUUGAGCUAAACUCGUCUUUGUGAUGACACUAUUUUUAAAACGACUAAAAGAAUCUCAUGUGAGGUAAAAAGUGAGCUCUAGAAAAGUAUGACUGAAGAUAAGCAAGAAACCUCACCUGCCUCAGUGAUUAAAGUGAUUUGACGCUUAUUUUCUCAAUGUGCUUGAAUUCUUGGAAUACAGCUCCGUUUUUAAAAGAAUAUACCAAAAAACAGGCACAAUCCUCAUGUACAGAGUCCAUAGCCGUGUUAACAUGGGCAAAAUUUCUUGAUCCGAUUAGAAAUUCGAGGAAUCGAAUAAUCUGAAUCCACUGUUCAUAUGGGUGCAAAAUCACAUAAUCCGAUCAUGAUGUGCAUAUACAGAUUAGAUUACCCCCCCCCCCAAAAAAAAAAGAGAAAAAAAAGAGAAAAACGUAGAAGAGUUGUAUUCACACUUGCGCUGUCAACAAAUCAAAUCAACAAACCAACCAACGCGGCAGUGGCUCACUUCAUCCAAUUCAGGAGUUUUCCCCGUUAUAUGUUGCCACUAGAUGGCGCCCUUGCUUACUUAUUUUACUGUUCUGUCAAAGGUUGGACUGUGCGUGCAGAUGUGACAUCAUUACGCUGUAUGUACGCCUUGUUAUGUUACCAGAGGAGCAGACACGGCACCUGCGGUUGUGUUUUAUGCUAAAGUGUUAACAAUGAAACCUCCUGUACUGACCUCAAUGAAUAAACCAAAGGCUAAAGAGUGAAGAUCGAGUCAGGUUAGAGAGUCACGAUCGGAAGAAGUGCUUACAUGGAUGGGUUUCAGAAUAACGAUCGGCAUAAACCACCCCUCUCAUUCGGAAUACAAUUUCUUUUCGAUUGAGCCAAAAUCGUUAUCAAGCUCUGUAAUGGCUUACUAACGAGCUGAUCAUUUGAAUCAGGUGUGUUGGAGCAGGGAAACAUUCAAAACAUGCAGGACAGUGGGCCUCCAGGACUGGACUUGAGAACCACUGCUGUAGGGACAUCACAUUGUUAUGGCUGAAAACUUUGAGAUCCCAUCCCCCCCCAAAAAAAAAAAUCUUAAAAAGACCACUUUGUGAGUAAUAAAUUCACAUUUGCACCUUUAUUCAAUACAGUUUGACUGAUCUUGAGCUCUCUGGAGGGUUUGAAGUGACGUGCUUCAUCAUUUCCGUACACAGUCAGCCUUUGCUCCUGCUGCGCUGGAACUAAAAUUACGAGCAUGACUCAUCGGCGUCACCGUCAUUGAAGAGGAGAGAAAAGUCCUCAAUGUGUCUGACAUGAAGAGCUCACUCUUUGACAGAUCGCCUGACCCCCUCUCUCCUCUGUCCUUCAGGUGUUCUUCGCUGAAGACGUCGGCUCUAACAAGGGCGCCAUCAUUGGGCUGAUGGUCGGCGGCGUGGUCAUAGCGACUGUGAUUGUUAUCACCUUGGUGAUGCUCAGGAAGAAGCAGUACACCUCCAUCCACCACGGAGUCAUCGAGGUGAGGAGCAGCUGACGUGCGUGCAUGUGUGCGAGUGUGAGUGCGUGUGGCGUAUGCUGUGCAGCACGUGUCAGUGCGGGCUGAGUCUAACGAUUAUGUUUACGUGUGGAUGCAUGUUUGUAUGAAGGCUUGUUCAUGUCUGAGUUUGAGCGACACUUUGACUGUUUAUCACUGAUUACCUCCAUUUAUCAUUUCCAAACAUUCAUCAGCUGUUUGAAUCAGAGAGAUGAUCAGACAGAUGGACUGUAUUGAUCCCAAACUGAGACAGCGUGUCGUUAAAGCAGCAGGUAAUCAGAGCGGAACUGAGCACGGUGGAAAUAAAUACACAGAUAUACAGAGUCAAGGCGCCCUCGCACAAAAACGACAGGUACACACAAAGUCAGUCAUUACCUGCUAAUACAGCAGAGUUUUGACUGAAUUACACGACUUCUUGAAGAGAUUAGUUGCAGCAGCAGCAGCAGCUUCUCUCCUCUCCUCUCCUCUCUGUAUUUCACACACAGACUAGUGAUGUGUUGGUCGCGAACGAACCGGUUCAAAAAAACCGACUCGAUGGGAGCCGGCUCCCGUCUGUGAGCAGUUUUUCUUUGUUUCCUCUCGCUUUUUCCCCCGCAGACUAUAAAAAAAAAAACUACAAGGCAGAAUGACGGGAUGACAGGUGCUCCAUGCGUGUAGGACAUGAUUGUCACGUGCAUGCUGUGUGCAACCAAUCAAGCGAGGAUACACCAAGCAGAGGGGGGUGGGGGUGCGCCAUGUGCUUGUGCUCAUUAGACAGAUGCGCUCAGGAUGGCUACAGCAGUUUACUGAUAUUAGAAAAUGUCAUUUUUACUUGUGAAUACUUCAGUACAAAGGAUGUGAUGAAGUACGGUAUUUUUAGGGUAAUAAGGUGCGCCGGAUUAUACGUCGCACUGUAAAUUAACCUGUCUUUGUUCACACACAAGGCGCACCAGAUUGUAAGGCGCAUUAAGCAUUGAUUGGUUGAUUGUUGCUAGCACGUAAUUCGGGCUUGGAUUGCCUUUCAUGAACGCACUUCUAGUUUAGACAUGACAGUCAGGCAGUUUUGUAGACUGCUCAGGGGUCCUGUUACGGAGACCAACACAGCAUACCGUAAUGCUCCGAAUAUCAUGAGCGGAGUGGCUUCGUUGCUUACCAGAGUCGUAGUUACACAUUUGGACUCAUUUUUUAGCACAUUGUACCACAUAAAAUCGGUAAAUAAGCAGAACAAGUAAUCAUACAUAAGGUGUGCUGGAUUAUAAGAUGCACUAUUCAUUUUUGAGAAAAUGUAAGAAUUUUUAGGGGGAAAAAAAUCAGAUUACAGAUUAAUCUGCCGAUUUUUAAAAAUUUUUAUGAAGAUAUAAGAAAUAUAUACAUACUGUAGAUUUCUACAUUAUACUAUAUACUGUAGAUAUACUGUAGGCUACUGCUCUUCACGCCGACAGAAAGAACGUCACUCUGCUGUGCUGUGAGGUACUUAGCGGAUCAAGAUAGUCAUGAGGUUGCUGCGCCAUCUACAGGAUAAGUCGGGGAACUUUUCAAAUGGCGGAACAUUUUCGAAGUGAAACCGAAUCUUAUUCUCAACAUUUUAUUUCUGAAAAUUUUGGCGAAAAUCUGCGAGUUUUGGCUGAUUACCGAUUAGUCUCAAACAGGCUAAAAUUGGCCGAUUUAAUCGGCUUACCGAUAAAUCUGUUGGGCCCUAGUAUGUGUGCACAUACGUAGAUAUCAUAAGCCACACAACGCUAAAUGUUGCUGAAUUAGCAAAUGUGUAAAUUGUAAAAUGAAGAGCUGUUUAAGAACAACAGUUGCAUUAUCUAUGUGGGCAUUGUCAGUUAGUUGUUAACAGUUAUAACAAAUUAUAAUACUUCACCUUGUAAGUCAUGAUAAAAAGCUUUAUAAUGUGUUAUGAUUAUUACUAUAAAUCAUUAUGAUCAUUUAUAAGUGUUUAUAACUGUAGUAAUACGGUGCUAUAACGUGAUUAUAACACAUUAUACAUAUAUUUAUAAUGUGUUAUAGAGAUAGACGUCAAAUAAAGUGUUACCAACUAAUCAAAAAGCUCAAACUGCAGCUCGUCUUUACAUUUCCGUCUAACCCCUCCCCCUCACUCCUCUCUGCGUCUCCUCUCCAGGUGGACGCCGCCGUCACCCCCGAGGAGCGCCACCUGUCCAAGAUGCAGCAGAACGGCUACGAGAACCCCACCUACAAGUUCUUCGAGCAGAUGCAGAACUGAGGAGAAUGUCACACUUGCCCACACACACACAUACACACACACACAUUAAACACACAAACAUCCCCUCCCCGCACAUCAAGCACCUCCCCCUCCUCCUCCUCCUCCCCCAGAUACUCUCCUGAAAAUCAGAGCGUGGUUUAGACGAUGGCGUGGCUGAAAUAGUCAACCAAAAGCGAACGGAGCGGCUGUAGCAAGAGGGGUUUUUUUUUCACCUGGGCGGACUCUGAGCCAUUUUGCACCGAGUUUGUUCACUUUAAUCGGAGCGAGGCGCUUUUUUGAAUCAAAGAAAGACGCCUUUAGAUGUCGCUCCACCUGGGCCUGCUGAUGCGUGGGGAAAAGGCCCCGCCCGGUGCAUCGAAAAUAACCCACUUUCCGGGGAAUUUGAGCCUCUAACAAGCUGAUUCAGGGUCAGUUUAGUGGGUUUAUUUGAGUGGGGAUGGUUUGAGGUGUGUGUAGGUAACCUGACCUCUGAUCAGCAGGAUUUGAAAGAGGCUGAACUGGGAUUUACUCUCAAAAAUCUGGAUUUUUAACCUUUUAAUUGAAAAAGUUGGUGAUAAAUUUUUAUUCUCCUCCAUCUUUUAUCCAUAGGUCUUAAAAAGUGAGAUGAUUUCUGAAAAUGAAUCCCAGUUUUCCCCACAAUCUGCACCACUACUGCACUCACUCUACAGUCUACACUGGAGUAAAGCUAAGCCUCCUCCCUCCCUCCCUCCUCCUCCUCAUCCCCCCUCAUCCUCUUUCCCUCCAUCCUCUUUUCUUUCCUUACAACAGCUGGGCUGUGCUGCGUCACACGAAGCUCCUACAGAUAUCCAGAGAUGAGAAACAAAUAUGUUGACACGAUGUAUUCUGAAUGAGCUGUUUUUAUUUUUAUUUUCCUCUUUCGUUUCCAGUUUUGUUUUUCAAAAAAGAAUGAAAAGCGGGUAAAAAAAAAAAAGAACAAAAAAAAAAACAAAAAACAAGUCAAACUGAUGUAAAGUCCUUUUUUUAAAUUGCGUGUAAUGUUAAAUGAAGUAAUGCCGAAGUCUUAGCUGUUCCUAUGUAGUGCAUGACGACAAAAAAAAGAAAACAAACAACCGGAUUGGGGAAAAAAAAAGAAGAAAAAACGAUCUUACGUUGGCUGCGCUCUCUCUCUCUCUCUCUCUCUCUUUCUUUCUCUCUCUGUCUCACUCUCUCUUUCUCGAGAUCCUUUCUCACGUUAUAGAUUGUCAUUCUAGCAAGAUUGUACAUUUAGUAUCUUCUCGUGAUCACGUGACUUCAAACAAAGAUGAAAAAUAUCUAUAAAAUCUAGAUGAACGGGCUCUGCUUUGAUAUGAUGUAAAAUACACAUUUAAAAAGAGAUCUGUGAUUUUGGAAUUAAGUGUGUCCAUGUUUGUCUACGUUCGAGGAGGGGCCGGCUUCAUCUCUGUUUGUAAAUUCACUGAUAAAUAUUGUGUUCAAACCCCCUCCUCUGUUUUUUAAGUUCCCUUUUCUGUUGGUUCAUGUGGCUGUAUUUUCUGGAAAGGGCACAACGUGGGCGUGAAGGUGACACAGAGUGAGGAAUCCGGCGUGGGGAAGGGGGCGGGGUUUAGAUUGUCUCUGCGUACGUACGUUUGUGCGUGUGUGUGUGCGUGUUUGUCAUUUUCAGUCUGGUGUUUUCGUCCAGUUGUAAGCCGACAGUGUCUCCUUUUUUGUAAUCAUUUUUGCUGUCUGCUGUCUGAUAGACCAGGUGGAGAGGGGAGCAGAGGAAGAGAAGGAGGAGGAGGAGGAGGAGGAGGAGGAGAGGAAAUGACUUGCAGUUCCGGAUGGAUAGCCAGCCAGGCAGGCAGUCUGUAUAUAUAAUAGAUUUUCACCCCCUCCCUCCUUACCUCCCCUCCUCCUUCGCCUCCCUCUCCCCUUCAGGCAUGCUCACCUCUCUGCCGUCGUCACACACUCGACUCCUCAGAGGCAGAGCACUGUAGUCUGUAUAUAAGUGACAUGAUGUGUUCACCGUCACAGAGCUGAGAGCGACUCCGGUUUGGCAUGAACAAGAAAAGAUCUUCAGCGUGACCUCUCACUCUGUGCUAAUUCUAAAGGCAGUUUGAAAUCAGAAGGAACGGCAGGUGGAAGAAAUGUACAUAUGGAGGCUGCAGUGGGGUGGGUGCUCAUUAGAAAGCCCAGCAGAGGGCAGUAGAGUAGAAGAGGAAGCAGGAUUUUCUUUCUAUCUUUGAUUUUCUGUGGAUUAUAUAUUGGUUUUUGUUUUCCACUGUGUAAUAUUGUGCAGGCCAUUUGCAUUGACUGGGAAAACGCUUUCUACACUGUAUUCCAUAAUAAAGUUUUGAAUGUACAUACAGA